GCUUUAGAUUUCGUGUGUGAAGUACAAGUCGUGGAAAAGCGCUUAAUUCUAAGCUCGUAAGUAGUAAUCGGUAUCUUCAUGUUUAUAGUGUAACAGUAUAAGUGCAUAAGUGUGUAAUGCUUAGCAUUAGCUGAAAUGCUUAACAAAAAAAAAGAAAUAAAAAUAAUUCAAAACAACCUCUCCUCAGCCAUCUUUUUCUAAGCCAUUAAGAGAAUUGAGCGAUUUAAACGUGAUGAUAUGGUAAGAGGUGAGGAGAAAAACCGGUGUUUGCUUAAGUUAUUUUUUGUUUUUGUUUUUUGCUCUCUUUUGACAUAACAGCCUUUACCUUGAAAGCAAGACUGCGAAUAAUAAUUUGAGUGCAUUGUGUGAAAAAAAAUAUAUAUAAAAAAAAAAAAUUCCAAGGAAAAAUUUUUGUGGCUAAUCAAGUGUAAUAAAAUAAAAGUGUACGUAAUAGUGCUAAAGUUGGCGUUAAUUAUUUUAAAACAACAAUAAAAGCAGAAGAAGAAGAAAAAUAAACAAUUAAAACGAUUUACUUAAGCAUCAUUACAUUGAUAUUUAAACUAAGCUGCGACACACGACCACAAAGACGUUAUAAUUAGACUACGACAAGGAAUUUCUUUAUGGAGAAAUGCUUAAGAUCAUAAAACUGCAAAAAUGAACAUAUUUUUGCCACUAGUCACGUGGAUAGUGUUACUUUCGAGUACGGUGCAUUCACAACAACUACAUAAACAAAUAUCACCGUUCAAAAAAAAUUUAAAAAGUAGUCGAUUUCGUAACGAAGUAUUUUUUCUAAAUUUGGAAGAUGGCUACUUCGGUUGUCAAGUAAACGAAUCAACCGACUAUUUACAAUUAUACGAACUAUCGAAAUUAUGCGACGGUAACCAAGAUUGUUUUCUUGGUUCCGAUGAGCUUAAUAAAGAGCUCAAAUGCACAAAUGACUGUGAUAAGGAUGGAACACAAUGCAUAAACGGUGUGUGUUUAAACGGCGUUUGUCAUUGCAAUGACGGUUGGGGCGGUUGCAACUGUAAUGUUCAAGAUGACAACGAAUGCAAAUAUCGUCCAUGUGAUGUAUUUGCUCACUGCACGAAUACGCUCGGCAGUUUCACAUGUACCUGCUUUCCUGGCUAUCGCGGUGAUGGUCUUCAUUGUGAAGAUAUCGAUGAAUGUAAAGAUCCUCAGGUAACAGCACGUUGUGUUGAGAAUGCCGAAUGUUGUAAUCUGCCGGCACACUUUCUGUGCAAAUGCAAAGAUGGCUACGAAGGCGAUGGAGAAGUUCUAUGUACAGAUAUUGAUGAGUGCCUUAAGCCAGAGGCUUGCGGUGUGAACGCGGGCUGCAUCAACAUGCCUGGUAAUUAUACUUGCACUUGCCCAGAAGGAUUUUAUGGUAGUCCUUAUGAUGGUUGCUAUGACGUUGAUGAGUGUACGCAUCCCGAUACCUGCGGCCCUGGCGCUAUUUGCGUUAACCUGGAGGGCAGUUAUCGCUGCGACUGUCCUGCGGGUUAUGAAGGCGAUGCACGCUCACUCGCUGGCUGUGUUGAUUUUGAUGAAUGCGCGAGGUCGCCAUGUGGCCGCAACGCUCAAUGCUCCAACACAGAGGGCAGUUUUAAAUGUAUAUGUCCCGAUGGUUACUCCGGUGAUCCCAAUCACAACUGCGAAGAUAUUGACGAAUGUCUCAUUAAGAAUCCUUGCGGUGUGGGUGCCGAAUGCGUAAAUAUGGGCGGUAGUUUCGAAUGUCGUUGUCCGGCUGGCUUUAUGCUGGAUAAUUAUGUCAGCACUGAUCAUAGAAACAACAGCAUCAAUCAUUCCGCUGGAAUAACGCACAUAACUAAAACAAAUGCUGGAUUUGCGUGCAUCGAUGUAGAUGAAUGCAAUUUAGAUAACGAUGUUGCCAAGUGUGGCACCAAUGCAAAAUGUAUAAAUUUUCCCGGCUCCUAUCGUUGCUUAUGUCCAAGCGGUUUUCAAGGACAAGGUUAUUUGCAUUGUGAAAAUAUCAACGAAUGUCAAGACAAUCCUUGUGGAGAGAAUACUAUUUGCACAGAUACGAUUGGUAGUUUUAUUUGUUCUUGUAAGCCCGAAUAUACUGGUGAUCCGUUUCGCGGUUGUGCCGACGUAGAUGAGUGCGUAGCUUUGGAAAAGCCGUGCGGCUCAUAUGCCAUAUGUGAAAAUACUGAACCUGGGUACGAUUGCAAGUGUCCGCAAGGUUUUGCUGGCAAACCGGAUGCUAAGACAGCAUGUGAGCAGAUAGACGUUAGUAUACACUGCAGUUCAAAUUUUGAUUGUACUAACAAUGCCGAAUGCAUAGAAAGUCAAUGUUUUUGCCUGGACGGUUUCGAGCCUUUAGGAUCUAGUUGCGUUGAUAUUGAUGAAUGUCGCACGCAUAUUGGCCUCUGCGGUAAUAAUUCUCAAUGUAUUAAUACUCCUGGUUCAUAUCGUUGCGAAUGUGAAGCUGGGUUUGUGGGUACACCCCCACGAGUAACAUGCAAAGAACCUUGUCAAGAUGUACAUUGCGGCGAACAUGCCUACUGCAAAGCUGAUGCAAAUGAGGCUUACUGCAUUUGUGAAGACGGUUGGACUUUUAAUCCAAAUGAUGUGUCGGCUGGUUGUCUUGAUAUUGACGAGUGCGAUUCUGUCCACGGACCCUUUGGCAGUUGUGGUAUAAAUGCCACUUGCUCAAACUCCUUAGGAAGUUACAGUUGUUUAUGUCCCUCUGGAUUCUCGGGCGACCCCCAUAUUAAAUGUGUAGAUGUAGAUGAAUGCCAUACAGGUAGUAAGUGCGGAGAAGGAGCUGAAUGUGUUAACAUAAAUGGCGGUUAUACUUGUCGCUGCCCGGACAAUUCUAUUCCCGAUCCAGAUCCCACUGUACGAUGUGUAGCAAUUGUUACCUGUCAAGUGGAUAAAGAAUGUCCUGGAAAUGCUAUAUGUGAAAAUGGCAAACGUUGUCUUUGCCCCGAACCUAAUAUCGGUAACGAUUGCCGCCAUCCCUGUGAGAAUCGUAGUUGUGGGUCGCACGCUCAAUGUAUGCUAGCUAAUGGUCAAGCACAAUGCAUAUGCUCAGAAGGCUUUACUGGCAGUCCCGAUUUGCCAGGAGGAUGCAAUGACAUCGACGAAUGCAAAGCAAAUCCAUGCGGUAGCAACGCUAUUUGUACCAAUACUCCUGGCGGUUAUUUAUGUCAGUGUCCUGGAGGCUCAAAUGGAGAUCCGUAUCGGGAAGGUUGUGACGUUAGCAAAACUGGACCUAGUUGCUCUGCUUCUAAUCCAUGUGCUCCUGGAGAAAGUUGUGUUCAAGAUACUUACACUGGAACAAGUGUUUGCAUUUGCCGUCAGGGUUACGAAAGAAAUGCCGGGACUGGCUUCUGCCAGGACAUGGAUGAAUGUACGGCAAAUCGUGUCAAACCUGCAUGCGGCAUGAAUGCAUUGUGCAAAAAUCUCCCCGGCAGUUAUGAAUGUCGUUGUCCGUCGGGUUUUAACGGUAACCCAUUUAUUUUAUGCGAGCAGUGUAAUUCGCCAGAAUGUCAAUGUCAACCCCCUUUUAAACUGGUAGGAACCAGCUGUAUUUUAUCCGGUUGUUCUGAUGGAAAUCGUUGUCCUUCUGGGGCUGAAUGUAUAUCAAUUGCUGGUGGAGUCAGCUACUGCGCUUGUCCGAAAGGGUACAAAACUUUACUAGAUGGUUCGUGCGCAGACGUGGACGAAUGUUCAGAGACGGGCACUAAAACUUGUGCCUAUGGAGCUGAAUGCAUAAAUAAGGAGGGCGGGUUUUCGUGCGUCUGUCCUGGCGGCUAUAACGGUGAUGCUUAUAACGGCUUAUGUACUCCAGCACAACGUAAAUGUGCUGCCGACAGAGAAUGUGCAACAAACGAAAAAUGUGUUCAGCCCGGAGAAUGUGUAUGUCCUCCCCCUUAUUUCUUAGAUCCUUACGAUAAUAAUAAAUGCAAAAGUCCCUGCGAGCGUUUCCCAUGUGGGAUUAACGCUAAGUGUACCCCAACUGAUCCCCCACAAUGUAUGUGUGAGGUCGGUUUUAAAGGAGAUCCCUUAUUAGGUUGUACCGACGAAGAUGAAUGCGCUCAUUUGCCUUGUGCUUAUGGAGCCUAUUGCGUCAAUAAAAAAGGCGGUUAUCAGUGUGUUUGUCCUAAAGGAUUUACUGGAGAUCCCUAUAAAAGCGGUUGUAUUUUAGAAUCCGGUGAGUCUAAAAGCGCUUGCGUGGAACAUGAUGAUUGCGCCAGCAAUUUGGCUUGCGUUGAUAGUACAUGCAUCAGCCCUUGUGCCAGUUUAUUAUGUGGCUCGAACGCUUUCUGCGAAACUGAUAAUCACGCCGGUUGGUGUCGUUGCCGCGUUGGGUUCACUAAAGAUUCGAAUGGAGAAUGUGUUUCUCAGUGUAAAAACAUUAUAUGUGGUGAAGGCGCUCUGUGCAUACCAACUUCUGAAGGUCCUACCUGCAAAUGUCCUCAAGGUUAUCUUGGCAAUCCUUUUCCCGGUGGUUCUUGCUCAACAGAUCAGUGCAGUGCCUCUCGCCCCUGUAGUCAAAAGCAAAUUUGUAUUAACGGCCGUUGUAAGGAACGUUGCGAUGGGGUUGUUUGUGGUAUUGGAGCUACCUGCGAUAAAAGUACUGGCAAAUGCAUUUGCGAACCAAACUUUGUCGGCAACCCCGAUCUUAUUUGUAUGCCACCGAUUAAAUAUGCUGAAUGUAACCCUGUUUGUGGCCAAAAUGCUCACUGUGAAUAUAGCUUCGACAGCGCUAUUUGCGUUUGCAAUACUGGCACUACUGGAAAUCCGUACGAAAGCUGCGGUGCACAAAGCAAAAAUAUCUGCGAACCGAAUAGUUGCAGCGCUAAUGCGGAAUGCAGAGCUCAUGCUAGCGGCAUCAGUUGUAUAUGCCCGCCAGGCUUUGCUGGCAACGGUUAUAUAAAUUGUCACGAUAUUGAUGAAUGCGCCAAUAAACCGUGCGGCCUCAAUGCCGCUUGCCUAAAUACACAUGGAAGUUUUGAAUGUCUUUGUUUAUCGGGAUAUGGUGGAGAUCCAUUCACCAGUUGUCAACCUGUUGACAGUGUAUUUUGUGCUGAUCCUCAAACUUGCGAGUGUAACGACCGUGUCCAAUGUCCGGAGGGUUACUCUUGUGAACAAGGAAAGUGCAAAAAUUUGUGCUCAAAAACUACAUGUGGUCCGAGAGCAGUAUGCGAUGCUGGUAAAUGUUUGUGUCCUCUAGGUUAUGUGGGUGACGCGUAUGAUUUGGAAAGCGGCUGCUUGAUACGAGGGCAGUGCAGCAACGAUGCAGAUUGUAACUAUUCUGAUAUUUGUUUCCAAAUCAGUAGGGGACUGCGUAAAUGCGUGGAUGGCUGCUCUAAGAUUCAAUGUGGACCAAAUGCGUUAUGUGUUACUAAUGAUCAUCGCUCAUCCUGCAUUUGCGCUGAUGGAUUCUAUGGUAACCCCAGUAAUCUGCAAACUGGCUGCCAACCAGAACAAAAAAUCUUUAAACAGGAAGAUAAGUGCAACUCCAAUAAUGAUUGUGAAUCAGGAUACUCUUGCACAACCAUUACCGAAGGACCGCGAGAAUGUAUUCAUUUGUGCUCCAAAGUUCUAUGUAGCACAAAUGAAGAAUGCAACGUUGACAGCUCUGGUAACGCAGUUUGCAACUGCGUGGACAGUUACGUAUGGAACCCUGUAGUAUCCACCUGUGAAAAACCGACACUUCCUGAUUGUACUAAUGACCAGGAAUGCCCCAGCAAUUCAGCCUGCCGGCCUGAUGUAGUAGGAGUUCUGAAAUGCGUUUCCAUUUGCGACGAGUAUACUUGCCCGACGAAUUCUGUUUGCAUAGCCCAGAAUCAUAAGGGACGCUGUGAUUGCCUACUUGGCUUUACAGGAAAUCCAAACGACCGUAACGGUUGUCAACCAAUUCAAAAACAUCAAUGUCAUGUCAACGCCGAAUGUUCGGAAUCGGAAUCCUGCGUUAAAUACGGUUCGGAAGACACUCUCACAUGUCGUCCUGCUUGUGAAAUGAUCAAAUGUGGCCCGCGUGCAGUUUGCAUCACUAAUAAUCAUCAAGCACAAUGUCAAUGCCCCCCAGGUCCUUUUGCUGGCGAUCCUUAUGAUCCUUUCAAUGGAUGUCAAAGUGUUCCUUGUGUGUAUAAUAAAGAUUGCCCUUCCACACAGCUGUGCAAUCGGAUGACACAUACAUGUUUCGAUGUCUGCGAUCAAGAAUCUUGCGGCGAUAACGCCGUUUGUCUAGCUGAAGACCACCGCGCGAUAUGCCAAUGUCCACCAGGUUUCAAAGCAAAUCCUAUUCCUGAAGUCGAAUGCACUAAAGUUGGAGGCUGCACUCCUACCACUUGCCACCACACAGCCAUCUGCGAGAUUACCUCAGAUGGUCCAACUUGUAAAUGCCCUGAUCAUUUUAUGGGUGAUGCUUACAAACUUGGCUGCCGACCUGAAGGUCAGUGUCCAAGUGGAGAUGCUGAUUGUCCUACAAAUACAAUUUGUACUGGAGGUCGUUGCGUGAAUCCUUGUGAAAAUGCUUGCGGAGAAAACUCUGAAUGCAAAGUAGUCAGCCGUAAGCCGGUGUGUAGUUGCCCCUUCAGGUUCGAACCCAUCGGCGAAUCAGCCAAAAAUGGCUGCUCACGAUCUCUCUCCCAAUGUAAGACAGAUAUUGAUUGCGGUGGCGAAGUUUGUUUCAAUGAGGAAUGUCGGGUUAUUUGUCGUGAAACAAGUGACUGUUCCAAUGGCGAAAAAUGUUUACAAAACGUGUGUGCGAUGCCUUGCCUAGACCAUAGCCAGUGCGGCCCAAAUUUAGCUUGCCUGAAGGGCAUGUGUUCCAUUGGCUGUCGUAGUAAUAGAGAUUGCCUUACGGAUCAAUCUUGUAUCAACAACAAAUGCUCGAAUCCGUGCCAAUCAAAUAUAUGUGGCCCCAAUGCUAUUUGUAGUAUUGAAAAUCAUCGAAGCCAUUGCUCCUGUCCCGAAGGUUUCGAAGGAAACCCUACACCUGAUCAAGGUUGUGUCAGAGUUCCGUCUCCAUGUCUUGCCUCUAAUCAAUGUCCCAGCAGUCACAUGUGCAUAGGAAAUCAAUGCAAUUUACCAUGUCAAAAAACAACUUCUUGCGCCAUAGGAGAGCGUUGUUACCAGCAAGUAUGUCGCAAAGUUUGUUAUACCAGUAAUAACUGCUUACCUGGGGAAAUAUGCAACAACGACGGCAUCUGUCAGCCUGGCUGCGACUCAGACGCAGAUUGCCCCCCAACGGAAUUGUGCUUAGCAGGAAAAUGUAAAUGUGCCACCGGGUUCAUUGGUACGCCCUUCGGAUGUUCAGAUAUUGAUGAAUGUUCUGAAAAUCCCUGCCAUAUAACUGCCCGAUGUGAAAAUUUGCCCGGAUCGUAUCGAUGUGUAUGUCCAGAGGAUACUGUUGGAGAUGCUUUUACAAAAGGGUGCGGAGCGCCUAAGGAGUGCUACAAGCAUGAUGAUUGUUUACAAACACUAGCGUGCAUCAAUGAUAAAUGUUCAAACCCUUGCUCAGAAAUUGCUUGUGGGCCUAAUGCCUUAUGUCUGAAAUCUGAAAACCAUCAGGCUUUCUGCGAAUGCCCCUCCGGUUAUUUGGGAGAUCCCUUUGAUUCCUCGGUCGGGUGUUUUAAAGUAGAAUGUAUUACUAAUGAUGACUGUGCCAGCGAUAAGUCUUGCGAUGAACAGACUAACCGCUGCGUCAGACCGUGCGAUUUAAUUACUUGUGGCAAAGGAUCGUGCAACGUUGUUGAUCACAAGGCUGUGUGUGCAUGCUUUGAAGGAUAUCAAUGGGUAAACGCUGUCUGCGAAGAUGUCGAUGAAUGUCUUGCAAGACCAUGCCAUAGCAGCGCCUUUUGCCAAAAUUUGCAGGGGACUUUCAAUUGCCAAUGCCCAGAAGGCCUUAUUGGAGAUCCCGUUAAAAAUGGUUGCCGGGAUCCCAAUGAGUGUUUAACCGAUACGGAUUGUCCUAACACUGCUAGCUGUCAGAACUCUAGAUGUCGUAGUCCAUGCGAAAAAGAAAAUGUCUGUGGUAUUAACGCUAAUUGUGUCGUUCAAUCACACAAUGCUGUCUGUACUUGCCCACCUAAUUCACGUGGCAAUCCUUCAAUGGAGUGUGUUGAUAUAGAAUGUACCGACAAUGACGACUGCCAUAGUGAGAAGGCUUGCCUAGAUACGAAAUGCGUUGACCCUUGCUCAUUGUCCAAUGCUUGUGGCUCACAAGCUCAAUGCGCUGUCCAAAAUCAUAUCGCCAUAUGUUCUUGUGAGAAAGGCACUACCGGCAAUCCACAACUUGGUUGUGUUUCUUUACAAUAUUGCAUUUCUGACGUCCAAUGUGCUUCUGGUAGUAUUUGCUCAAACGGUAUCUGUUGUUCUUUAUGUUCAUCUAAUCGAGACUGCAUCGCCGAUCAGCUUUGUAUACAAGGUGUAUGUCAAGCCACUUGUAAGACGAACGCCACCUGCCCAGAGUUUCAGUUUUGUUCUAAUAAUAUAUGCACUAAAGAAGUUUUGUGCCGGGAAGACACUGAUUGUGCUCCCAAUGAAAGUUGUUUUGUGGACAAUUUCGGUCGAUCUAGUUGCGAAAACGUCUGUCUUGGUAGAGCCGUAUGCGGGCGCAAUGCCGAAUGUAUUGCCCGCAGUCACUCUGCCGAUUGCGAAUGUAAAGUAGGUUUCUUUGGCGAUCCUAAUAGUGGCUGCCGCAAGGUAGAAUGUAAUAUAGAUAAUGACUGUUCAAAUGACAAAGUUUGCGACAAUCACAUGUGCAAAAUCGCCUGCCUCAUUGGAGAACCUUGUGGUGACAACGCUUUAUGUACCACUGAAAACCAUAAACAAGUAUGUCAUUGUCAGCCUGGUUACACUGGAAAUCCCCGAGAACGCUGUGAUAUUAUUGAUUUUUGCAAAGACGCUCCCUGCGGUCCAGGGGCUAGGUGCCGCAAUUCUAGAGGAUCUUUCAAAUGUACAUGUCCACCUGGUCUGGUGGGCGAUCCUUACAACGAAGGUUGUCGCACAUCUGCAGAAUGUGAGAACAAUGAAGACUGUCCUCCGCAUGCUGAAUGUACGAAAACGAAAGGUGUGCCGAAAUGUCAUGACGUAUGUGCUAGCAUUAACUGCGGUCCUAAUGCGGAAUGCAUUCCGAAAGGCCACAGAGCUCAUUGUGCUUGCCGUACCGGUUACGAUGGCAACCCCACUGACCGGCUAAAUGGUUGCAAACCAUUACCAAUGCCUUGCCUUGUUACAAGCGAUUGUCCAACAAAUGCAUACUGCUCAGACAGCAUUUGCAAACCUGCUUGUAUAUUAGAUACUGAGUGUUCAGGCCAAGAGGUGUGUCAAGGCGGACAAUGUAUUAAUCCGUGCUUGCAACCUCAAUCGUGUGGUAUGAAUGCUUUAUGCUCAAUCGAACGACAUUUUAAACAAUGCUCUUGUCCGGCUGGUUUUACGGGGAAUCCUGAAGUGGAGUGCGUCCGCAUACCAAUGUCUUGUCAUAACGAUUUAGAGUGUGGGGCUGGUUACAGCUGCUAUGAGUCAAUGUGUUUCCCUCAAUGUUCUGGCGACCAGGAUUGUGCUCUAAACGAAAAAUGUUUAAAUGGAAAUUGCAUGUUAACAUGCCGCGUGGACAACGACUGCUUUUUGGGUCAUGUGUGUUUGCACAACAAAUGUGUGUUUGGAUGUCACAGCGAUGACGAUUGCAGUGCUUCGGAAUCGUGUCGGAAUGACAAAUGUGUCAACCCAUGCUCGGAAAACCCCUGUGGGCCAAAUGCUGCUUGUUCGGUUACCAACCAUCGGGCUACUUGUAAUUGUUUAGAAGGAAUGGUUCCUAAUCCCACACCUCAGGUGGGAUGUGUCCGUUCUCCACCGCAAGAAUGUAAUGAAAAUCGUGAUUGCCCCUAUGGCUUAGCUUGCUUUGAAUCAGUCUGUCGUCCCUUGUGCGCCGAAGACACCGGCUGUUUGUCUAAUGAACGAUGUCAGAAUGGAGCAUGUAAACCAUUAUGCCGGCGAGAUGACGAUUGUCGUAACAAUGAAGUCUGUCUGGGUCUUUCUUGUGUUCCCGGCUGUCGAUCUGAUCAAGGUUGCCAAACACAUUUAUCCUGUUUUGAUCAGCAAUGUAUUGAUUCUUGCGCGGAUGCAAGAGCAUGCGGAACAAACGCUGUUUGUGAAGUCAUUAAUCAUACGAAAAUAUGUUCUUGUCCCAUCGGUCUGCUAGGAGAUGCCGAAGUAUCUUGUAAAUCUUUAAUCACUACAUGUUCUUCAAAUGCGGAUUGUACCUCAACUCAACUUUGUUAUGGUGGCACUUGUCAAAAGAAAUGUCGCAAUGAUCAAAACUGCUUGAACGAUGAGCGUUGUAUGCGUGGUAUUUGCCGUACUGUAUGCAAUGUUGAUUCUGUUUGCCCGCAAGGACAAAUAUGCGAAAAUCGCAUUUGCCAGAUUGGUUGUCGUAACGAUUUAAAUUGCGCACCUGAUCAAACCUGCAUAAACAAAGUGUGUAAAAAUCCUUGUGAUUCACUCGGUCAAUGUGGACAAUGUGCCAGCUGUUUGGUCGUUAACCAUGGCGUCCAAUGUAGUUGUCCCAACGGUUUCGUGGGUGACGGACUUACCGGUUGUCAAUUGCCGGCUCAACGUUGCAAUCCGUCAUGCGAAUGUGAUGAAACUGGAACCUAUUGCGCUCAAGCUUGCUCUCGAACAACGGAUUGCGCUUGCAGUCAAGUGUGUACACGCGGCAAAUGCCGUGCAAAGUGCGGAGCCAAUCGUUCUUGUCCACUGGGACAACUUUGUGAGAGAGGAGCAUGUGUAGCUGGCUGUAAGACUAAUAACGAUUGUGCUAUGGAUCAGACUUGCACUAAAGGCCAAUGUUCAGACCCAUGUACAGACAAACAGGUUUGCGGAAGCAAUGCCUUGUGCACAGUAACCGAUCAUCGUAUGCUUUGCUAUUGUCCUGAUGGAUAUGAUGGCGAGCCGACAAAAGAAUGCGUACAAUUCGAAUGUCAGCAUGACAAUGACUGCGAAAGCAAUAAAAAGUGUGAUAAAGGCAAAUGUCGUAACCCUUGCCUAGAGUACGGAGCAUGUGGAUCAAAUGCUCAGUGUCGCGUCAUGAAUCAUAAACCACAAUGUUCAUGUCCACCUGACUUUUUUGGCAAUCCACUCACAGAAUGUCAACCUUUAAAAGGCGGUUGUGCCAGCAACCCAUGUGGAAUUAACUCAAGAUGUUCGGAAGUACCUGGAAGUUACGAAUGCUCGUGCAUGGAAGGUUGCAUAGGAGAUGCUCAAAAAGGUUGUGUUUGUGAAGAUCAUUUAGUAAAUGCCUGUCAUGAUCAGCCAUGUGGACUAAAUGCUGCCUGCCGUGUUUUGCAACACAACGAAGCUCAAUGUUAUUGUCCCGAUGAAUAUCCAAACGGGGAUCCUUAUGUCCACUGUUUCCUAACCCAACCACCAAUAGAUUGUCGUACUGAAGGUUGCCAAUUGGGUGAAUGCGUACGUGAAGGUUAUGAUUAUGUAUGCAAACAAGAAAUCGGUUGUUCUGCAAACCAUGACUGCCCCAGUCAAAAAUCUUGCAUAAAUGCAGUUUGCACUGAUCCUUGCACACUGGCUAACCCGUGUGGAUAUCAACAAGAAUGCAAGGUUAUCGAUCAUCAGCCUGUAUGCUCACAAGUCACUGGCCGUACACCCGGCUGCGAGCAUUGCCCGCCCGGUACUACUUGUGAUCCCUCCACGGGCGCCUGCAUCAAGGUUGAAUGUUUCGAAGAUUCAGACUGCUCCAUCACUGAGGCGUGCAUUAAUCAACGAUGUCAACAUCCCUGCGAUGUUCAUGACCCUUGCGCACAAAACGCCAUCUGUGUGAAUACAAACCAUGCAGCUGAUUGCAACUGCAGUUAUGGCUACGAGGGUAAUGGCUAUAUAGGCUGCCAGCCAGCACCGAAAUAUUCGCCUGUAUGUCAAUACAAUGAGGAUUGCCCGCCAAGCAAGCUAUGCGAUCGUCUGAAUCGCCGUUGUAUCAACCCUUGCCAAGAAGAUUCGUGUGGAGAAAAUGCUGAAUGUAUACCGGUCAAUCACGGUAUUGAAUGCAGAUGUUUGCCGGGCUUUGUCGGCAAUGCUUACUUAGAUUGUACUGUUUUGCAAAGCUGCCGGUCAGAUUCAGAAUGUGAUGUACAUCACGCUUGUAUGAACGGAAAGUGUUCCUCGCCCUGUAGCUGCGGUUCGAAUGCAUUGUGCGAUGUAGUAAAUCAUCGUGGUAUUUGUAAAUGCCCACCAGGUUAUGCGGGUAAUCCAAAUAUAACGUGUAGUCCACCGAACAAUCUAUGCGAACCUAAUCCUUGCGGUCUUAAUGCUUUGUGUGAAUUAGAUAACGGCAAUCCGAUUUGUUAUUGCCCUAAAGGAUUAACCGGUAAUCCUUUCAAAAACUGCAUUCCAGAAGGCGGCGAAUGUGCACCAAAUCCUUGCGGACCGAAUUCGGGGUGUCGUCUUGUGGAGAAUAGACCUAUCUGUUUUUGUUUACCGGAAUAUGAAGGUCAACCUCCACAAAUACCUUGUGAUUUACCCAGCAAUCCUUGUGAUCCUUCACCUUGCGGUCCGAAUACACAGUGCUCUGUUCUUGCGAACGGCUUUUCCAAAUGCACCUGUUUGCCUGGUUAUGUUGAAAGUCCUAAUACGAUACGCGGAUGCAUUGAACCUGUCAAUCCUUGUGAUCCUAACUCAUGUGGGAUUGGUGCAAUAUGUGAUUCAACCCGUAAUCCGGUUUGCUUCUGCCCUGACAAUAAAAUCGGCAAUCCAUUUCGCUUGUGCGAAAAUCCUUCAUUGUCGGUUGAAUUAUGUAGACCUAAUCCUUGCGGACGUAAUGCUGAUUGCUACGUAGCGGCUAAUCGUGAAGAAUGUUAUUGCCGCGCGGGUUACGUUGGAGACCCAUACCUAGGUUGCCGGGAUGCACCGCGUUCAGCUUGUGUAACAAACCCCUGUGGACCACAUGCACAAUGUGUAAUAUCUGGAAAUGGACAAAAUACUUGCGUAUGUCCUGAUGGACUAUCCGGCGAUCCUACGUCCCUGUCGGGUUGUCGUUCUUACGAAUGCGAAGUUGACGACGAUUGCUCUGUAGACAAAGCAUGCAUUGGAUUUAAAUGCCAUGAUCCUUGCCCCGGAGCUUGUGGACACGGUACCAAUUGUCUUGUGGAGCAUCAUCAUCCCGUUUGCACUUGCACCGCUGGUCUGACGGGAAACCCAGGGAUCUUUUGUUACGCACUUGAUAUACCUAAGCAGCAAAAGAAUCCCUGCAUUCCAAGCCCUUGCGGCUUAAAUAGCGAAUGCAAAGUUCUUAACAACCGAGCCCUCUGUUCCUGUUUGCAAGAUUACUUGGGAGAUCCCCAAAGUGGCUGUCACCCUGAAUGUGAAAUAAACUCAGAUUGCGAUCCAGCACAAGCUUGCAUCAAUCGAAAAUGUGUAGACCCAUGCGCCGGUACCGUGUGUGGCAUAAAUGCUUUGUGUGGAGUACAACAGCAUACUCCGAUAUGCCGUUGUCUUGACGGCUUCACUGGUAAUGCUUUCCAUCAAUGCAUUACAAUUGGCGCUCUAAAAAAUGUUUCGCGCGAUCCCUGCAAUCCUUCACCAUGCGGUCCUAAUGAUGUUUGCUCUGUUCACGGAGAUGGAGUUGCUCUUUGCGAUCCAUGCUUUGGUCAUGAUGCUGAAUAUGACCCUCGGUGUAGACCGGAAUGUAUAUUUAAUUCGGAUUGUCCUUUCGACAAGGCUUGCUUAGGCCGAAAAUGUUUGGAUCCAUGCUCGGGCUCGUGCGGUCGUGGAGCUCUAUGUUACGUUUACGAACACAAUCCUAUUUGUCAAUGUCCAUCUGGAUUUUACGGGAACCCCUACGAACACUGUUCUAUACCCUUAGUUGAUAAGCCUGCCUUGUCGCAAACUUGCGCCAAACGGCAAUGCGGUUCCAAUUCGGAAUGCAAAAGGCAAGGUAACACUUUAAUCUGUGUUUGUCGUCAAGGCUACUUUGGUAACCCAUACAUAGGAUGUCGACCAGAAUGUGUCUUGAAUUCGGAUUGCCCUGCCGAUAAAGCUUGUGUGAAUACUAAGUGUUUGCACGUCUGCAACGGCAUAUGCGGUGUAAAUGCUCUUUGUCGUGUAGUUAAUCAUGCUCCUAUGUGCAUAUGCUCACAAGGGUACACAGGAGACCCUUUCAAAUCAUGCAGUCCUCAACCACAAAUUUCUCUAACAUAUCUUCCGGUAGGCGUACCCCCAAAUCCGUGCGAGCCUUCGCCUUGUGGACCUAACUCGAGAUGUUUGAUUUCGCCUGAAGGUUAUGCGGCUUGUUCCUGUUUGCCUGGCUUUAAGGGCUCUCCACCUGUUUGUCAACCAGAAUGCGUAGUGAGUUCAGAAUGUGCUUUGUAUCAAGCUUGUAUCAACCACCACUGUGCCGACCCCUGCCCCGGUACUUGCGGUGUAAAUGCUCGUUGCCAGGUUCUUAAUCAUAAUCCGAUAUGUUCAUGUGAUGUUGGCCACGAAGGAGAUCCAUUUAUAUAUUGUGCUCUAGCGAAAGAAAAACCAAAAGAAGCAGAUCCAAAACCAAUCAACCCCUGUGCACCUUCACCCUGUGGGCCAAACUCAAUAUGUCAAGUGAAACAAAAUAGACCAGUAUGUUCGUGCGUAGCCAAUUAUAUUGGAAGUCCACCAUUCUGUCGACCCGAAUGUACUCUUAAUAAUGAAUGUCCAGCCGAUAAAGCUUGUAUACGUGAGAAAUGUGAAAAUCCUUGCACUAAUACUUGCGGAUAUAAUGCUCGAUGUUCCGUAAUUGCUCACUCAGCUUAUUGUAGCUGUGAAGACGGAUACGAAGGCGACGCCUUUGUGGGGUGUUCUAAGAUUAUAAAGCCACAAGAUCGUUUGGAUCCUUGCUAUGCUAACCCCUGUGCUGAAAAUGCAGUUUGCUCUGAACGAAAUGGUGUUGCUCGAUGUGUAUGCAUUGAACCCUACAUCGGUGAUCCCUAUACUACAGGUUGUCGUCCAGAAUGUGUGUUUAAUAGUGAAUGUCCGUCGCAAUUAGCUUGCAUAAAGCAACAUUGCCGAGAUCCCUGCAUCGGCACGUGCGGUCCCAAUGCUGAAUGCUCUGUAGUUAAUCAUGUGCCAACGUGUAAUUGUCAGCAGGGCUACGUAGGAGAUCCGUUCAAUGGUUGUAAAAAGGACACACAAAUAAAACCUAUCAGUCCAUGUGAACCGAAUGUAUGUGGGCCCAAUAGCAUUUGUCGUGUAGUUGAUGGUCGUCCUACCUGCUCCUGUCAAGUGAGUUAUUUGGGAGCCCCUCCUAAUUGCCGCCCAGAAUGUGUAGUGAGCUCUGAAUGCAUUCAACAUUUAACUUGCAUCAAUCAAAAAUGCGUUGAUCCCUGCAUAGGCACAUGUGGCUUUAAUGCCAAAUGUCACACCAUCAAUCAUAAUCCGAUUUGUUCGUGUCCAGAAGACAUGACUGGUGAUCCUUUUCAACAAUGUUUACCAAAGCCUAAAACGCCUCCCCCAGAAAUAAACGCAUGUAUACCGAGUCCUUGUGGACCUAAUGCUGAAUGUCAGCAGGUUGACAAUCGCGCUGUUUGCUCUUGUUUGCCUGGGAUAUUCGGAGCGCCUCCAAAUUGUCGGCCAGAAUGUAUUAUCCAUCAAGACUGCCCUUUGAAUCGCGCAUGUAUUUCUCAACACUGCGAAGACCCAUGCAUUGGAGCUUGUGGAUUUAAUGCCAUAUGCACCGCUCAAAAUCACAAACCCGUUUGUUCCUGCUUAGAGAGUCACGAAGGAGAUCCUUACGCUGGCUGCAGUUUACGUGCAAUCAUUGUGCCAGAUCUUCCAACUGAUCCAUGUAGUCCAUCACCGUGCGGUUCGAACGCUAUUUGUAGAGAACGCAAUGGCGCUGGCUCUUGUACUUGCCAACCUGAUUAUUUCGGCGAUCCCUACAUCAAUUGCCGUCCUGAAUGCGUGCAAAGCAGUGAUUGCUCACAUACAAAAUCUUGUUUAAAUAUGAAAUGUGUAGACCCUUGCAAGGAUUUAUGCGGCUUUAACGCUAUCUGCCGAGUCGCUAACCAUAUUCCUCUAUGCUCUUGCAAUAUAGGCUACACCGGUAAUCCUUUACGUUUAUGCCACAAAAUACCUCCAACUACAUAUUUGCCCGCCAAAACCCAAGAUCCUUGUCGCCCUUCGCCAUGUGGGUUGUACAGCACUUGUCGUGCACUAGACGGUCGUGCAAUUUGUUCUUGUUUGUCUAAUUAUAUUGGCAGACCGCCCAGUUGCAGACCGGAAUGUGUUAUAAGUGCUGAAUGUCCAUCAGACAGGGCUUGCAUUAAUCAACGUUGCGAGGACCCUUGUCCAGGCACUUGCGGAAACAAUGCCAAAUGUCGUGUGACCAAUCAUUCUCCGAUUUGUAGUUGCUCUCCUGGUUACGUUGGCGAUCCAUUUCAUCAGUGCGUACCGCGCAGAAUAGCUUUCGAAGAACCUAAGGAUGCCAUAGCUCGACCAAAUCCUUGUAUACCCUCUCCUUGCGGUCCUAAUUCGCAUUGCCUGGUCGCAGCGACAGGAGCCGUGUGUUCGUGUAUAACUAACUAUAUAGGUAGACCUCCCAGUUGUCGCCCAGAGUGUACAAUCAGUUCGGAGUGUCCCGCGCAUAUGGCAUGUAUUAAUUCUAGGUGUUCAGAUCCUUGUAUAGGUUCGUGUGGGAACUACGCUCAUUGUCAUGUUAGUUCCCACUCACCCGUCUGUAUGUGCGAACCUGGCUUUACAGGAGAUCCAUUCACGAACUGCUUCAAAAUGGUUAAAAUUCCCGAUCAUCCUGCACGUCCUUGUCAACCUAAUCCUUGUGGUGUAAAUGCUUUGUGUGAAGAAAGAAACCAGGCUGCCGCCUGUAAAUGCAUAAGAGAAUAUUUCGGUGAUCCGUACAUUGAAUGUAGACCCCAAUGCAUUUUAAAUGCAGAUUGCCCCAAAUCAACAGCUUGCAUCAACAAUAAAUGUAUCGAUCCGUGCCCAGGAACCUGUGGUUAUAACGCAGAAUGUAUUACUUUAAAUCACAUUCCAAACUGUCAAUGUCUUACUGGAUACACAGGAAACGCUGCUUCGGGCUGUUAUCUUUUACCAGAAUUACCGAAAUUUGACAUUACUGAAUCCAUUAAUCCCUGCGUACCUUCACCUUGCGGUCCAUACAGCAACUGUCGGUCGCAAAACGGUCAUGCUGUAUGUUCAUGCCAGAUUAGCUAUGUAGGAGCGCCACCCAACUGUAGACCAGAAUGUAUGGGAAGUUCCGAUUGUCCACAAGAUAAAUCAUGCCUUAAUGAACAUUGUAAAGAUUCUUGCCCAGGCACUUGUGGUGCCAAUGCUAACUGCCGAGUGGUCAAUCAUAAUCCUAUUUGUUAUUGCAUGAGUGGUUUCACUGGCGAUCCGUUUAUUCGCUGCGUAUACGAAGAAAGACGACCGAUUGUAAAGGAUUCAGUUAAUUCUUGUAUUCCAUCACCAUGCGGACCUAAUUCGCAAUGUCGUGUUUCAAAUAAAAAUGAACAACCAGUUUGCUCUUGCUUGCCCAAUUACAUUGGCAGAGCGCCAAACUGUCGUCCUGAAUGCACUUCAAAUUCAGAAUGUCGCAGUAAUCAGGCCUGCGUAAAUCGACGGUGUAAAGACUCUUGCCAAGGCUCUUGCGGUUCAUUUACUACUUGCAUUGUAAAUAAUCAUAGACCUAUAUGUCGUUGCUUGCCCGGUUAUACGGGCGAUCCAUUUGCCGAAUGUAGUCCACAAAUUAUAAUAACUCCUGAAAAAUCGGAACCUUGUAAUCCUAGUCCUUGUGGUACUAAUGCUGUUUGCAAAGAACGCAACGGUGUUGGUUCUUGCACUUGCUUGCCUGAAUAUAGCGGAGAUCCGUAUACAGAAUGUCGACCAGAAUGUGUUCUAAACUCGGAUUGUGCAAAAAAUCGAGCUUGCGUCAACAACAAAUGUCGUGAUCCAUGUCCAGGAGUGUGUGGUGUCGGUGCUGAAUGUCACGUCAUCAAUCACUCUCCUAGUUGUAGUUGUUCCGCAGGUUUCACUGGCAAUCCUUCAGAAUACUGCCGUAAAGAAGUCAAAACAAUUGAAGCAACUCAACUUUGUAGACCUUCUCCAUGUGGUCCUUACAGCAAGUGCCAUGAAGUUAAUGGUCAUGCCGUAUGCUCCUGUUUAACAAAUUAUAUUGGUACUCCCCCCGCAUGUCGGCCUGAGUGCUCAAUUAGUUCAGAAUGCUCUCAGGAUAGAGCAUGCGUGAAUUUACGUUGUAUAGAUCCUUGCCCGGGAACUUGUGGUGUUGAAGCUUUUUGUAAAGUUACGAACCAUAAUCCUAUAUGCUCUUGCCCACCUGACUACACCGGAGAUCCCUUUAUAAGCUGCCUAAGAGUCGAUAAAAGAAAAAAAGACGACUUUCCAGCUAAUCCCUGCAUACCAUCUCCUUGUGGACCUAACUCUCAAUGCAGAGUGGUUGGUGAAACUCCAGCAUGCUCUUGUUUGCCAAAUUUUGUGGGUCGUGCUCCCAACUGUAGACCCGAAUGCAGCAUUAAUUCAGAAUGUCCAGCAAAUCUGGCCUGUAUUAAUGAAGUUUGCAAAGACCCAUGCCCUGGUUCAUGCGGUUUCAACGCCAUUUGCAAUGUUGUUAAUCAUUCGCCUCUUUGUACUUGUGACGCUGGUUAUUCAGGAGAUCCAUUUGCCGGUUGUGCUCCUGCUAUUCCUCCCGAAGAAAAUUUGACCCCUUGCAACCCCUCGCCAUGUGGCGCCAAUGCUGAAUGCAGAGAACGCAAUAGUGCUGGUUCUUGCACUUGUAUUGAAGGCUACUCCGGAGACCCAUAUAGCGGUUGUCGUCCUGAAUGUGUAGUUAAUUCUGAUUGCCAGCGCGAUAAGUCGUGCAACAAUAACAAAUGUACAGAUCCAUGUCCCGGAGUGUGUGGCAUUAAUGCGGAAUGUCGUAUAAGCAAUCAUGUACCCACUUGCCAUUGCUCAAAUGGUUAUACGGGAAAUCCUCUCAGUUCUUGUCGUGUUAUACCCGAACCUGAACCAACACCAAUUUCUAAAGACGUCAAUCCAUGUAUUCCUUCACCGUGUGGGCCUUACAGUCAGUGCCGCGAAGUAAACGGUCAUGCAGUGUGUUCUUGUUUAACAACUUUUAUAGGGUCUCCACCAAACUGCCGUCCAGAAUGUAUUAUUAGCUCAGAUUGCGCGCAAAACAUGGCUUGCCAAAACCAAAAAUGUAUAGAUCCGUGCCCGGGCACUUGUGGCACUCUUGCACGUUGUCAAGUAAUAAAUCAUUAUGCAGCAUGUUCCUGCCCACCUGGUUAUACAGGUGAUCCUUUUAAUAGAUGUUCCAAAAUUAAAUUGGAUGUUAUUUCGGUAGAAAACACGGGUGAUCCGUGCGUACCUUCACCAUGUGGACCCAACUCGAAGUGUAUCGAUGUUGGUGGUUCCCCUGCAUGUUCCUGUCUAUCCAGUUAUAUGGGACGGCCACCUAAUUGCCGUCCCGAAUGCAUGAGUAGCUCUGACUGUCCAGCCAAUCUAGCCUGCAUGAAUCAAAAAUGUUCUAAUCCUUGUGUGGGCACUUGUGGUGUUCACACAUUGUGUACAGUAAUCAAACACAACCCUACUUGUCAAUGUGAAUUGGGCUAUACUGGAGAUCCGUUCUCUGGUUGCGCCGUUAUAAACAUAAUUUCUUCCACGGAACGCCCUCGAGAUCCCUGUAAUCCGAGCCCCUGUGGUGCGAAUGCAGUAUGCCGUGAACGCAAUGGAGUUGGUUCGUGUUCAUGUCUUACUGAGUAUUUUGGCGAUCCCUACAGUGGAUGCCGUCCUGAAUGUGUACAAAAUACGGAUUGCGACCGUUCUAAAGCCUGCUUAAAUAACAAAUGCCAAGAUCCUUGCCCUGGUGUAUGCGGAAUCAAUGCCGAAUGUCGGGUUUUAAACCAUGCCCCAAAUUGCUAUUGCUUUGAGGGUUAUACCGGAGAUCCUCAUCGCUCUUGUUCCGUUAUGGAAGUCACUACAAUAACCCCUCUUAAUCCAUGUCAACCGUCGCCGUGUGGUCCUUAUAGUGAAUGCCGAGAGACAAAUGGACACGCUGUUUGCUCUUGUUUGGGCAAUUAUAUCGGUGCACCUCCUUCGUGUCGACCGGAAUGUGUCGUUAGUUCUGAAUGUCCCCAAAACCGUGCUUGUAUACAGCAAAAAUGCGGAGAUCCUUGCAAGGGAGCUUGUGGUUCAAAAGCCAAAUGCCAAGUUGUCAAUCACAACCCUAUUUGCACCUGUCCUCUUGGUAUGACAGGGGAUCCCUUCGCAGAGUGCAUAGUUGCCAAAUCCAUAUCGCGUGAUUCAGAUAACCCCUGUGUGCCAUCUCCAUGUGGACCAAAUUCUUUGUGCAGAGAAAUCGCUGGGCAAGCUGCAUGUUCUUGUCAGGCAAAUUAUAUUGGAAGACCUCCGAAUUGUCGGCCUGAGUGCACAAACAAUGACGAAUGUCAAAAUUAUUUAUCUUGCCAAAAUGAUAAAUGUGUGGAUCCAUGCCCAGGUUCUUGUGGUUCUAAUGCUGUUUGCAAGGUUAUACAACAUAAUGCUGUUUGUUCUUGUGCUGAUGGUUAUGAAGGAGAUCCAGUAUCUGGUUGCUCACUUAUUCCUCCAGUAUUGCCCAAACAGCCACCUAGUUCUCCUUGUGAACCUUCGCCUUGUGGGCCACAUUCAGAAUGUCGCGAACGUAAUGGAGCGGGAGCCUGCUACUGCCAUGAAGGAUAUGAUGGCAAUCCUUAUGAUACUGAGCGGGGAUGUCGACGCGAAUGCGAAUCAAACGAAGAUUGCUCGCCUGCACAAUCUUGCGUUCAUUUCAAAUGCGUUGAUCCAUGCGUCAACAUUUGCGGGGAACUCGCGAUGUGUUCCGUUGAAAACCAUGUUCCCACUUGCAUGUGUCCUCCGGCUUACACAGGAGAUCCAUUCUUUCAAUGUAAACAAAUUCCCAUUACACCGGCACCUAUAUUAAACCCGUGCGUUCCUUCACCAUGUGGGCCCAAUAGCAUUUGUCGUAACAUCAACGAUCAAGCAGUUUGCUCUUGUCAAUCCGGUUUCAUAAACCAACCACCCAACUGCAAGCCGGAAUGUAUUGUUAGUUCGGAAUGCGCCACUGAAAGGGCUUGUAUCAAAAAUAAAUGUAUGGACCCAUGCUUGCAUACUUGCGGCCAUAUGGCAAUGUGCAUUACUAAAAAUCACAGUCCUAUCUGUACUUGUCCCAAAGGCAUGACUGGUGAUCCCUUCGUUCGAUGCUCAAAAAUACCGCACACUAUUCAACCAGAACCAACUGAGCGUCCUCCAUCAUGUGUGCCUUCCCCCUGUGGUCCUAAUUCGAAAUGCCAAAUUAUUGGUGGCAGCCCAGCAUGUUCUUGCUUGCCAGACUUUAUCGGGGCUCCCCCUAGCUGCAGGCCGGAAUGUGUUCUUAAUUCCGAAUGUGGGCCUACUGAAGCCUGCAUUAAUCAGAAAUGUAGAGAUCCAUGUCCCGGAUCUUGCGGAUUUGAGGCUAAGUGUCAUGUUCUUAAUCAUUUACCAAUAUGUAAUUGCCUUGAAGGUUACACCGGGGAUCCGUUUAUACGGUGCAGCCCGGUGCCAGUUAUAGAAUCUCCUAAAAUACCUAAUGACCCUUGUGAUCCAAAUCCUUGCGGAGCGAAUGCCGAUUGCUAUAAUGGAGAGUGCCGAUGUCACAACAAUUACCAAGGCAAUCCAUACGACGGCUGCCGUCCUGAAUGUACUUUAUCAGCUGACUGUGCGCAAGACAAAGCCUGCAUUCGCAAUAAAUGCGUAAAUCCUUGUCCAGGAACUUGUGGACUUAAUGCCAUUUGUGAAGUUUUAAACCAUAUUCCUGUAUGCUCGUGCAUCAAGGACUAUGAAGGUGACCCGUUCACAAACUGUCGCUUAAAGGAACAAGAACCUGAGAAACCAGUCCAACUCUGCUCUCCGUCGCCUUGCGGACCCAACAGCCAAUGCAAAAAUGUUAAUGAUCAUGCGGUAUGCUCAUGUUUAGAUGGUUUCAUGGGAACUCCACCACAGUGUAGGCCCGAAUGUGUGGUGUCAAGCGAAUGUAAUGCUCUGCAGGCUUGCGUCAAUAAAAAAUGUGUCGAUCCUUGCUCUGGCGCCUGCGGUAUUAAUGCUCGUUGUGAGGUUAUAAAUCAUAGCCCUAUUUGUGGUUGUCCUCUCGGGAAAACGGGAGAUCCCUUUAAAAGGUGCUUGGACUUACCAACUCCACCAAAGACAAAACAAUCAGAAAAACCUCAGGACCCGUGUUUGCCUUCCCCAUGUGGGCCAAACUCAAUAUGUAAAACGAGUGCUAGUGGUCCUUCAUGCCAGUGUUUACCCGAAUUUUUCGGAUCUCCACCCAACUGUCGUCCUGAAUGUAUCAUCAACCCUGAUUGUCCAUCGACACAAGCUUGCAUCAACAAUAAAUGCCGUGAUCCUUGUCCAGGAUCGUGUGGCACGAAUGCAGAAUGUCGUAUUAUUAGUCAUAGCGUAUCUUGCUCUUGCCCUAAUGGAUUUGCUGGCAACGCUUUCGUGCAGUGCGUGCAGCAAAAAGAGGAGCCUAUUAAACCAUGUGAACCAUCUCCUUGUGGUCCCAACGCGGAGUGUAUAGAACGUAGUGGAGCUGCCUCUUGUAGAUGUAUCGAUGAAUACCAAGGAAAUCCCUAUGAAGGCUGCAGGCCAGAAUGUGUACUCAGUUCCGAUUGUCCAACAGACCAAGCGUGUAUACGCAACAAAUGCAAAGAUCCAUGUCCUGGAAUUUGUGGUUCCAAUGCUCUAUGCUAUGCAGUUAACCAUGUACCUAACUGCGUAUGUGACGAUGGCUACACGGGAGAUCCUUUCACAACUUGUCAGCCCGAGCCCAAAUUACCGCUGCCAAAACCAGGUAAUCCCUGCCAACCAUCACCAUGUGGGCCAAAUAGCAAAUGCCGUCAAGCAAACAGUUUGGCCGUAUGCUCCUGCUUAGAUGCCUUUAUAGGAACUCCUCCUAAUUGCAAGCCGGAGUGUACAGUCAAUGCUGAAUGCUCCCAGACCAAAGCAUGCCACAAAUUCAAAUGUGCCAAUCCAUGCGCUGGAACAUGUGGUAUCGAUGCCAAAUGCGAAGUUAUUAACCACAAUCCAAUAUGCAGUUGUUCUUUAGGUAUGAUGGGAGAUCCUUUCACUAGUUGUUAUCCAGCACCACAUAUACCUGUGGGUAAAGAUAAGCCUAUUGAACCAAGAAAUCCAUGCCUUCCCUCACCUUGUGGUUUAUAUUCUGAAUGCCGAGUUAAUGGUGACCAAGCUUCAUGCUCCUGCUUACCAAACUAUAUAGGAGCUCCACCUAAUUGCCGCCCUGAAUGUGUGGUAAACACUGACUGCUCUUCUGAUCGUUCUUGCAUCGCGGAAAAAUGUAGAAAUCCAUGCGAUGGUUCGUGUGGUAUUAAUUCGGAAUGUCGCAUACAAAAUCAUUUGGCGAUAUGCACUUGCCGCGCUGGUUUCACUGGAGAUCCAUUCAGCCAGUGUGUAGAAAUCACUGAAGAGAAGACACAGACACCAAUUUACUUUGAUCCUUGUGGUCUGCAACCUUGUGGUGCAAAUGCUGAAUGUCAACCUGACGGAACAUGCAUCUGCUUCAAAGAUUAUCAAGGAGAUCCUUAUUUGGGUUGUCGUCCCGAAUGUACUCUGAGCACUGACUGUUCACCACAUAAAGCUUGCUUAAAUAAAAAAUGUGUUGAUCCCUGCCCGGGAACUUGCGGUCAGAGCGCACAAUGUAGUGUCUCGAAUCAUAUUCCCAUAUGUAGUUGCCCAAAAGGUUACACGGGCGAUCCUUUCAUAAACUGUCGACAAAUGGUUCGAAACGAGCUUGUUCCUGUUGACCCCUGCCAACCCAAUCCAUGUGGACCAAACAGUUUAUGUCAUGUGUCAGCUCAAGGAGCUGUUUGUGCAUGCCAACCUGGUAUGUUGGGUUCACCGCCAACUUGUAAGCCGGAAUGCAUUGUGAGCUCAGAAUGCUCUUUGCAAACUGCAUGCAUUAGUAAGAAAUGUGUGGAUCCAUGUCCGGGAGCUUGCGGUCAGUUUGCAAAAUGUCAAAUUGUCAAUCAUAACCCCAUUUGCACUUGCAAUGAUGGCUAUACGGGAGACCCAUUUACACGCUGCUACCAGGAAACCAAAAGCACUGAACCUGUAGUGCCAAUCGAGCCUUGUAUACCCUCGCCAUGUGGACCUAAUUCAGAAUGUCGGGUAAUGGGUGAUAGCCCAGCUUGCUCUUGUGCGCAUUCAUUCAUUGGCACUCCUCCAAACUGUAGACCGGAAUGCACCAUUAAUCCUGAGUGCCACUCAACUAAAGCUUGUAUACGACAAAAAUGUGAAGAUCCUUGCGUAGGUUCAUGCGGCUUCAACGCUCAUUGCACAGUAGCCAAUCACAUGCCAAUAUGUACCUGUGAAACUGGCUAUACAGGAGAUCCUUUCAGCAGUUGUCAACCUAUACCAGAACGUAUUGUUAAUGAACGUAUUACGCCCUGUGAACCAAAUCCUUGCGGUUCGAAUGCUGAAUGUCGCGAACAAAACGGCAUUGGUUCAUGCCAAUGUCUACCUGAAUAUUACGGCGAUCCAUACCAAUCUUGCCGUCCUGAAUGUCUUCACAAUUCUGAUUGUCCAAGAACCAAAGCUUGCAUUCAGAAUAAAUGUGCCGAUCCCUGCCCCGGUACCUGCGGUACAAACGCUGAUUGCUCAGUAACCAAUCACCUACCAACUUGUACUUGUCGCGCCGGUUUUAUAGGUGAUCCGUACCGGUAUUGUCACUUAGAACCAAAACAACGUAAGAAAACGCUAUCACAUUCUACUAAGAGCUGCAAUCACCCCUUUACCUCUUUAGCGAAUGGUCGACCAGAAUUCAUAAAUCUUUGUUCUCCAUCUCCUUGUGGCCCGAAUUCUCAAUGCAAAAUAUUCGAGGGUCAAGCUAUCUGCUCGUGUCUGGAAAAUUACCUAGGUUUGCCGCCGAACUGUAGGCCAGAAUGUAUUUUAAGCACUGAAUGCCCAACUGAUAAGGCUUGCAUAAAACAGCGCUGCCAAGAUCCUUGCCUCGCGAUUUGCGGCACCAACGCUCAAUGCCAUGUGCGUAAUCACAGCCCAAUUUGCAAAUGCAGACCAGGAUUUACCGGCGAUGCAUUUACCAGAUGUUUUAACAUACCACUUGCCCCUCCAACUCUUAAAAUAAACAGCGGUGACCCCUGUAUUCCUUCGCCUUGCGGCCCGAAUAGUCAAUGUCGUAAUAAUGGCGGCAUUCCUUCUUGUUCUUGCUUAACAUCACACGUAGGAGCUCCACCUAAUUGUCGGGCUGAAUGCACUAUUAGUGCAGAAUGUUCUGAGGACAAAGCUUGCAUACGUGAGAAAUGUAUAGACCCAUGUCCAGGUUCGUGUGGUUACAAUGCCAUUUGUGAGAUAGUAAACCACACUCCUAUCUGCUCGUGUCUUCAAGGGUUCUCCGGAGAUCCGUUCACCACUUGUAGUCUCAUUCCACAAGAAGACGACAUUAUUAAAGACCCCUGCCAUCCCUCGCCUUGCGGAACAAAUGCCCAAUGUCGUAAUGGUACAUGUUUCUGCCUUCCUGAAUAUCAAGGAGAUCCUUAUAUUGGAUGCCGACCUGAAUGCGUUUUAAAUUCUGACUGCAUUCGGGAGAAAGCUUGUUCGCGUAAUAAGUGUAUAAAUCCUUGCCUCGGGACAUGUGGAGAGAACGCAUUGUGUGAUGUUGUUAAUCACAUACCAAUGUGCCGAUGUCCAGAAAACACAAUAGGCAGCGCAUUUAUCAAAUGUUCUCCACAAAGGAAGAUUAUAACAGAUAGAAAUCCCUGCCAGCCUUCUCCAUGUGGACCUAAUUCAAAAUGUCGCGUUAUAAAUCAGCAGCCUUUGUGCACUUGUAUACAGGGUUUUAUAGGGUCGCCUCCAACGUGCCGCCCAGAAUGCACAUCAAAUUCUGAUUGUACGCCCACACAAUCUUGUCUUAAUCAAAAAUGUCGCGACCCCUGUCCCGGAACUUGUGGAUUAAAAGCUGUAUGUUCAGUGGUAAAUCACAGUCCGUUCUGUACUUGCCAUACUGGAUUUACAGGCAAUCCUUUCGUCAGCUGUCAACGAAUUAUUGAACCAAUAGCUACUGCGGACAUUAAAAAGCAGCCUUGUCAACCUUCACCUUGCGGUCCCUUUUCAAAAUGUCGCUCCAUUGGAGAAAUUCCUUCAUGUUCAUGUUUAGAAUUCUACAUAGGAAUACCGCCGAAUUGUCGCCCUGAAUGUGUUACCAGUUCUGAUUGCAGUAAAAACUUUGCUUGUAUCAAUCAAAAAUGUGUUGAUCCUUGCCCUGGACGUUGUGGGUUAAACGCAGAAUGCAAUGUUGUCAGUCAUGUCGUGCAGUGCAUUUGUAUUCUUGAUUUCGUAGGUGAUCCGUACUUACAAUGCCAUCCUACAAAAGAAAACGAAAAAUUAGAAGCGUUAACGCCAUGCCAUCCCUCCCCUUGCGGGUCAAAUGCCGAAUGUCUUGAACGGAAUGGGGCUGGUUCAUGUAAAUGUUUAUCUAAUUACUUUGGCAAUCCUUAUGAAGGUUGUCGUCCGGAAUGUGUUAUGAAUUCAGACUGUCCACCCACCAAAGCAUGUCAACAGCAAAAAUGUUUUGAUCCAUGCCCAAGCACAUGCGGCAAAAACUCGUAUUGCCAAGUUAUAAAUCAUGUACCCACUUGCAGUUGUCUUGCAGAUUACACAGGUGAUCCUUACCGCCUGUGUUCCAAAAUAGCAGAACCAAUAGAGGAGAAAUACAUUAAUACGUGCCACCCGUCACCUUGCGGUCCUAACUCACAGUGUCGGGAAAUCAACGGACAAGCUGUGUGUUCUUGUCUACCACAAUUUGUGGGCACACCACCAGCGUGCCGACCAGAAUGCAUAUUGUCUUCAGAAUGUUCAACGGGUGAAGCUUGUGUUAAUCAAAAAUGUGUAAAUCCUUGUUUAAAAUCUCCAUGUGGGCAAAACGCGGGUUGCCGCGUUCGCAAUCACAGUCCCAUUUGUUCAUGUAACAAAGGUUUCACAGGAGACGCUUUUACAAAGUGUUUUCUUCUUCCGCCGACUAGCCUUGAAAUUCAGCGUGAAGACCUACGUGAUCCUUGUUCACCCUCGCCUUGUGGCCCGAACUCUGAGUGUCGCAAUAAAAAUGGUUUGGCUUCUUGUUCAUGCCUGCCCAACUUUAUUGGCCAAUCUCCAAAUUGCCGUCCCGAAUGUUCUAUUAACUCUGAAUGUCAAAGCCAUCAAGCAUGCGUCAAUCAAAAAUGUAGAGAUCCCUGUCCCGGAGCUUGUGGUCUCAACACGUAUUGUCGUAUUAUCAACCACACUCCUACAUGUGCCUGCAGUGACGGCUUCAUUGGAAAUCCUUUUGUUAGCUGUUCCCCUAUACCUCUGCCAUCACCAUCAAAAAUUUUAUCAAAAGAUCCAUGCACACCGUCCCCAUGCGGUGUAAAUGCUGUUUGCAUGGAAGGUGAAUGCUCUUGCUUAAAGGAAUAUCAAGGUGACCCAUAUGACGAAUGUCGCCCAGAAUGCAUAUUAAAUUCGGAUUGUCCACGGAACAGAACUUGCAUACGUAAUAAAUGUGCAGACCCUUGCCCUGGUACCUGUGCCAUCAACGCCGUAUGCGAAGUUUAUAACCAUAUACCAAUGUGCCAUUGCCCUAAACUCAUGACUGGAAAUGCGUUUUUCAAAUGUCAUGCCAUACAAUUUUCCUUGCCAAAUAAUCCUUGUCAACCUUCGCCAUGUGGUCCCAACAGUCAAUGCAAAUUGGUAAAAGAAAGCGCCGUCUGUUCUUGCCUACCAAAUUUUAUCGGAAACCCCCCAAAUUGCCGACCUGAAUGUACUUCAAAUUCUGAUUGUCCUCCUGAUGAAGCUUGUCAAAAUAUGAAAUGUCGGGAUCCUUGUCCGGGGACUUGUGGAUUUAAUGCGGAUUGCAGCGUUGUCAAACACAUACCAUAUUGCAAGUGUCGCUCCCUCACAACUGGAGAUCCAUUUGUUAGGUGUCACGAGAUAUUGACAGUUAUGAAAGACGCACAUAAUCCUUGCCAACCCUCACCGUGCGGACCUAAUUCGGAGUGCCGCCUUAAAGGAGACACUCCUUCCUGUUCAUGCCUUCCGGAUUACUCAGGAUCACCUCCCCAUUGCCGUCCCGAAUGUGUCUCUAAUUCGGAAUGUGUCCCCACGCAAGCUUGCAUUAAUAAAAAGUGCCGCGAUCCUUGUCCGGGCUUAUGCGGGCAAAAUACAAUGUGUCGCGUUUUUAGUCAUACAACAACGUGUUUGUGUUUGGAAGGCUUUUCAGGAGACCCAUUUGUGUUUUGUAAUCCGCUACCAGAGGAACCUACGGAACUUCUCCAUCCCUGUGACCCAAAUCCUUGCGGUCUAAACGCUAGAUGUGAAGAGCGCUCAGGCGCUGGAUCUUGUCAAUGCAUAGACGGCUAUUCUGGAAAUCCUUAUGAACUCUGCAAGCCAGAAUGCGUUUUAAACACAGAUUGUGCAUCUGAUAAGGCUUGCCAAAAUCAGAAAUGUGCAGAUCCCUGCCCUGGCACAUGCGGAGAUAACUCUGAAUGUCAGGUUAUCAAUCAUUUGCCGUCAUGUAGUUGUUUACCAAAUUACACCGGGGACCCGUAUACAUAUUGCUUUGUUAUAACUAAAGAAUUACGUGAAUACGUAAAUCCCUGUCAACCAUCGCCUUGUGGUCCGAAUUCUCAAUGUAAGGAAGUUAACGGUCAAGCUGUAUGCUCAUGUUUAACCGAUUAUGUUGGUAGUCCGCCUGCAUGCAGGCCAGAGUGCACAUCUAGUUCUGAAUGCAAUGCUAACGGAGCCUGUAUUAAUCGUAAAUGCUCAGAUCCCUGUCCGGGAGUUUGCGGUCAAAACUCCGACUGCCACGUACGAAAUCAUAGCCCCAUUUGUACUUGUAAGAAUGGAUAUACUGGCGACGCUUUCACACGUUGCUUCCAAAUGCCUUCACAACAAAAUGAGCCUUUACGUAUUAAACUGGAUCCAUGUACUCCUUCGCCGUGCGGACCUAAUUCACAAUGCAGAGAUAUCAAUGAUAAUCCCUCGUGUUCUUGCUUACCUGGUUAUCUAGGUAUACCACCACAUUGCCGACCAGAAUGCUCAAUUAAUUCGGAAUGUGGUAGUCAGCUAGCAUGUAUUAAUCAAAAAUGCCGCGAUCCUUGUCCUGGUUCCUGUGGUGUUAACACAUUAUGCCACGUUAGAUCUCAUGUACCCAUAUGCACAUGCCGAAAUGAUUAUACUGGCGAUCCGUUUGCCAUAUGUAAUCCGAUUCAACUGGAAAGUAAGCGUUUUUAUUUGUCGACUCCUAAAAGUCAAAAUCAAAUUAAUUGCAAAUUUUGUGUAGACCCAGUACCCAUCAAAGAUCCUUGUAACCCUUCGCCAUGCGGAGCAAAUGCACAUUGUGCCAAUGGAAAGUGCGUUUGUUUAGCACCCUUUAUUGAUGAUCCUUACUUCGGCUGUCGGCCGGAGUGUAUCCUACACACCGAAUGCUCGCGAAAUCUUGCUUGUAUUAACCACAAAUGUGUUGAUCCUUGCCCUGGAACAUGUGCUUCAAAUGCUAUUUGCGAAGUUAUUAAUCAUAUACCGAAUUGCAGGUGUCCAGAAGGUAUGCAAGGCAAUGCAUUUACCUUUUGUUUACCUGCACCAAGAAUAAAUUUGCCAUCGAAUCCUUGUCAAGGAAAUCCAUGUGGUCCAAAUAGUCAAUGCCGUGAAUUCAACGCCCAGGCUGUGUGCGCUUGCAUAGAAGGCACUAUCGGAAACCCACCACUAUGCAGGCCGGAAUGUACAACAAAUACUGAUUGUCCCUUAAAUGAAGCAUGCUUAAAUCAAAAAUGCCGAGAUCCAUGUCCCGGUGUUUGUGGCCGGAAUGCUCUCUGUCAUGUUAGCAAUCACAACCCUUAUUGUCGCUGCCCAGAAAAAUACACUGGGAAUUCUUUUAUCAGCUGCCAACUUGCGACGGCACCUCCUAUGCCGUUAAUCCAACCUUGCCACCCAUCUCCUUGCGGCCCUUUCUCCGAAUGCCGGGAAAUAGCAAGCACCCCAUCAUGUACUUGUUUACCGGAUUAUAAAGGGACUCCACCGAAUUGCCGACCUGAAUGCUUAACAAGUUCAGAAUGUCCUUCAAAUAAAGCAUGCGUUAACCUGCAAUGUAAAGAUCCUUGCCCGAACUUGUGUGGAUCGUCUGCUAUGUGUCGUGUUAUAUCACAUACACCCAGCUGCUUUUGCCCGGAAGGUUAUGAAGGAGACCCGUUUGUUCACUGCGACAAAAAGCGCUCAGAUCCUCUCUUAGAUAAUAAUGACGCUUGCAAUCCGAGUCCUUGUGGAAUAAAUGCCGUGUGUAAACAAAGGAAAGGAGCUGGCUCCUGUCAGUGUUUACCAGAAUAUUACGGAAACCCUUACGAAGGCUGCCGUCCAGAAUGCUUAUUGGACGCUGAUUGCGCCAGCAACUUAGCUUGUCAGAGUACAAAAUGUCAAGACCCUUGCCCAGGAACAUGUGGCCAGAAUGCCGCUUGUGUAGUUUUAGAUCACAAAGCUACUUGCAUUUGUUUAAACGGUUACAGCGGAGACCCAUAUCGCAUUUGCCAGAUUGAAAAAGAAACAUUAAAAGAAUACCUUAACCCUUGUCAGCCGUCUCCUUGCGGUCCAAAUUCGAACUGUCGCCAAAUAAAUGAACAACCAGUUUGUUCUUGCUUGCCUGAAUAUGUAGGAAGCCCUCCAUUAUGCCGCCCGGAAUGUACGAGGUCUUUGGAAUGUCCUCAUAACAAAGCUUGUAUAAAUCAAAAAUGUUCGAAUCCUUGUCCUGGGACAUGUGGUACAAACGCAAAUUGCAAUGUACGGAAUCAUAGCCCUUUGUGUUCUUGCCGUAGCGGGUUUACAGGCGAUCCCUUUUACAUUUGUCAAGCUAUACCAACUGUUCAACCAGUGCAAGCUAAGAAAACUUCUACCGAUCCUUGCAUACCGUCUCCUUGCGGGCCGUUUUCUCAAUGCAAGCGUGUGGGCGAUUCCCCUUCUUGCUCUUGUUUACCAGGUUAUAUUAACUCUCCCCCAAACUGCAAACCUGAAUGUCUCAUAAAUGCUGAUUGUGUCAAUAAUCAAGCUUGCAUUAAGGAAAAGUGUCGCGACCCAUGCUUAGGAGCUUGCGGCUUAGGGGCCCUUUGUAACGUUAACAAUCACACUCCGAAUUGCGCAUGUCCUUCAGAAUACACUGGUGAUCCAUUCACAUACUGUCAACCAGCCCUCGCAAUGCCAACUACCCUUGAAAAAGACGAUCCCUGUAAUCCUUCCCCUUGCGGGCCAAACACCGCAUGUAACGAGGGCACUUGUAGCUGCUUGCCAGAUUAUCAGGGAGAUCCCUAUGCAGGUUGUCGUCCCGAGUGUAUCAUAAGCGAAGAUUGUCCGCGAGAACUAGCUUGUCUUAAGAAUAAAUGCGGCAAUCCUUGCAUCGGUACUUGCGCUGUUAAUGCCAUCUGUCACGUUUUUAACCAUAUACCCAUAUGCACUUGCCCACAAGGCAUGGCAGGAAAUGCUUUCGUUUUGUGCAAUCAUGUGCCACCGCCGACUAAAAUUAACCCCUGUCAACCAGGUCCUUGCGGGCCCAAUGCACAAUGUCGUGUAGUAAAUUCACAAGCGGUAUGCUCGUGCAUGCCCAAUUAUUUAGGUACUCCACCAUUAUGUCGGCCAGAAUGUACUGGAAACCAAGAAUGUCCCUCAAAUAUGGCUUGUAUGAAUCAGAGAUGUAUAGAUCCUUGCCCAGGAGCAUGCGGACGAAAUACCCAAUGUUCUGUCGUUAACCAUAACCCGUUUUGCAUUUGCUUACCCGGAUUUACAGGCAAUCCAUUUGUUACUUGUGAACGUAAGAUAGAAUCUUCCCCAGCAAGUGAUGUUAAAAAAGACCUCUGUAACCCUUCUCCCUGUGGGUCGAAUUCGAAAUGCCGAGUAAUAGGAGAAACUCCUUCCUGCACUUGUUUAGAUAACUUCAUAGGUUCUCCUCCGAAUUGUCGCCCACAAUGUGUCUCCAACUCUGAAUGUGCUUCUCAUUUCGCCUGUAUUAACCAACAGUGCAAAGAUCCAUGCGUGGAUUUAUGUGGAACUGCAGCCGUAUGUCGUGUAGUCUCUCACACUCCAAUGUGCACCUGUCCAGAAGGGUUUACGGGAGAUCCAUUUGCAAGCUGUAUACCUAGACCUGUAAAAAUUCAGGAAGAGCAUCUCAGCCCUUGUAACCCUUCCCCGUGCGGUUCAAAUUCCGAAUGCUCAGAAAGAAACGGAGCUGGGGCGUGUCAUUGCCUUCCGGGAUAUUUCGGUAAUCCAUAUGAAUCAUGUAGACCGGAGUGCAUCUUAAACUCAGAUUGUCCCAUGACCAAAGCCUGCCAGCAACAGAAGUGCCGCGAUCCUUGUCCUGGCGCAUGUGGAAUAGGUGCGGACUGUAUAGUAAUUAAUCAUCUACCGACCUGUAACUGUCUUCUUGGUUACACGGGAGAUCCUUAUCGCUCGUGCAGUAAGCCAAAAGAACCUGAAAAAACAGACUAUAUUAACCCAUGUCGACCAUCGCCUUGUGGACCUAAUUCUGUGUGCCGCGAAAUUAACUCCCAAGCAGUGUGUUCUUGUUUGUCUGGAUACAUUGGCAUUCCACCUACAUGUCGACCGGAAUGUACAUCAAAUGGGGAAUGUAACUUAGAAAAAGCAUGUGUAAAUCAAAAAUGUUCCGAUCCGUGCUUAGGCGUGUGUGGAGAAAAUGCACGCUGUCAUGUCAAAAAUCACAGUCCUUUAUGUUCGUGUCAUCCUAAUAUGACAGGCGACGCCUUUGUACGAUGUCACUCCUUACCACCUUCGCCACCCAUGAAGUCUGUCGAUAUUAUCAAUGAUCCUUGCUUACCUUCACCAUGCGGUCCAUAUUCUGUUUGCCAAAAUCAAAAUAAUAUGGCUUCGUGUUCAUGCCAAAUAAACUAUUUUGGUAGUCCUCCAAAUUGUCGACCAGAGUGUACUAUUAAUGCCGAUUGUCCGCUCAGUCAAGCAUGUAUUAACGAGAAAUGUCAAAAUGCUUGCUCCGGAGCUUGUGGCCUUAAUGCGGAAUGCAAUGUUAUUAGUCACAUACCAAAUUGCAAAUGUCAAGAAGGUUAUAUUGGGGAUGCUUUUCUAUCGUGUCAGCUUGCCCCAGCACCGAAACUUGAUGAGCCAAAAGAUCCUUGCCAAUCUAAUCCGUGUGGUACCAACGCUGUAUGUAGUCGCGAAGGUGUAUGCUCAUGCUUGGCCGACUACCAGGGAGAUCCGUAUACAGCCUGCAUGCCUGAAUGCGUACUGAAUUCAGAAUGCUCUAAAGAUCAGGCUUGUGUAAGCCAAAAAUGUCGCGACCCUUGCCCAGGCACUUGUGGUGCAAAUGCCAUCUGUGAAGUCUUUAAUCAUAUACCAAUGUGCCAUUGCCCACAACACAUGAGCGGUAAUGCAUUUGUUAGCUGUGUACCAAUGCAAACUGAAUUGUAUAGCAAUCCGUGCCUGCCAACUCCUUGUGGUCCUAAUUCCCAAUGUCGUGAAAUUAAUUCGCAAGCUAUCUGUAGCUGCUUACCUAAUUAUUUAGGUAGUCCACCCAAUUGUAGACCUGAAUGUGCUUCAAAUACAGAAUGUACUGCAGAUCGCGCUUGUCAGAAUCAAAAAUGUGUCGAUCUAUGUCCAGGAACUUGUGGCCGUUUUGCUAAAUGUACAGUAAUCAACCAUAGUCCCUUCUGCACCUGUAUAGCAGGAUACACGGGCAAUCCAUUCAGACAAUGUCAACGUAUUAUUAAACCAAUACUAGACUUGGAGCCAUCAAACCCUUGUUCGCCUUCACCUUGCGGUCCUAACAGUAUAUGCAAGCCGUUAGCUGGUACGCCCUCAUGUGCUUGCCUUGAUCAGUUUAUAGGUCAACCACCAAAUUGUCGUCCAGAAUGUGUAACCAAUUCUGAGUGUAAAUCUACCGAAAUAUGUUCUGAUCAAAAAUGCUUAAAUCCUUGUCUUAACCUAUGCGGUGAAAAUUCUCUGUGUCGCGUUGUAAGCCAUACUCCGAUGUGUUACUGUGAGCCAGAUUACACUGGUGAUCCUUUUUCCGUUUGCUCACCUACACACACAGAACAUAUGGAAAUCACCAAUCCUUGCAAUCCCAAUCCCUGUGGGCCAAACGCAGAAUGUCGCCAACAAAAUGGCGUGGGAUCUUGUCAAUGUAUGCCUGAAUAUUUUGGCAACCCCUAUGAGGGAUGCAGACCAGAAUGCUUAAUUAAUUCUGACUGCCCAUCAAGUAAAGCUUGCAUUAGCGAAAAGUGCCGCGAUCCAUGUCCUGGCACUUGCGGUGAGAAUGCCGAAUGCUUCGUUCAAAACCAUUUACCUACUUGCAAUUGCUUAGACCGUUAUGUUGGUAAUCCAUACCAUCUUUGUACUAAAGCAGAAAAACCUGUUACAAAGGAAUACGUGAAUCCCUGUGACCCCUCUCCUUGUGGUCCCAAUAGUCAGUGCCACGUAGUUAAUGAACAAGCCGCUUGUUCUUGCUUAGCUGAGUUUGUUGGAGCUCCCCCAGUAUGUCGACCAGAGUGUGCGAUAAGUUCAGAAUGUUCAUUUGACAAAGCAUGUGUAAAGCAGAAUUGUGUUGAUCCUUGUCCAGGAGUGUGUGGUCACAAUGCCAUAUGUCGAGUUCGCAACCACGCUCCCACAUGUUCGUGUGAAGAUGGCUUAACGGGAGAUCCAUUCACUCACUGCUAUCACAUGCCUCCAUCUCCUCCCUCUACGGCACCGGAACCCUUGCGCGAUCCUUGCAUUCCUUCACCUUGUGGGCCCAAUUCCCAGUGUCAUAACGCUUACGGUCAAGCGGCGUGUACUUGUUUACCUCAAUAUUUGGGAGCGCCACCAAACUGUCGGCCAGAAUGUUCAACAAGCUCCGAAUGUCCGUUAAACAUGGCUUGUUUGAAUACGCAUUGCGUCGACCCUUGUCCUGGAUCCUGCGCUUAUAACGCAUUAUGCACUGUUCAUAGUCAUAUACCAAGUUGCAGUUGCCCUGAAGACUACACAGGUGACCCGUUCGCAAACUGUCAAAUUGUUCACAAACACAAACUUAUUUUAAAUAACGAUCCUUGCAAACCCUCACCUUGCGGACCAAACGCUGUAUGUAAAAAUGGUCAAUGUUCCUGUCUUCCUGAAUAUAGCGGAGACCCUUACAUAAUCUGCCGACCAGAGUGUGUUUUAAAUACGGAAUGCCCUGUAAACAAAGCCUGUAUAAAAAACAAAUGCAAGGAUCCUUGUCUUAAUAUCUGUGGACAUAAUGCUCGAUGCGAAGUUUUCAACCACAUACCCAUCUGUAGUUGUCCAGAAAAACUGACGGGCAAUGCUUUUGUCCAAUGUAAUCAAAUACCAAUUUCUCCAAUAAGCAAUCCUUGUCAACCUUCACCGUGUGGUCCUAAUAGCAGGUGUAAAAUAUACCAAAACAAUGCCGUAUGUUCUUGCAUUGAAAACUUUCUCGGAAAUCCUCCUUCAUGUCGCCCUGAAUGUUCCAUCAAUUCCGAUUGUACUCCGCAGAGAGCAUGUCAGAAUCACAAAUGUAUCGAUCCCUGCCCAGGUACCUGCGGGUUAAACUCUCUUUGUAAUGUAGUUAACCAUUCUCCGAUAUGUGCAUGUUCUGAGAGUUUCACGGGAAAUCCGUUUGUCAGCUGCCAACCGAUGCCUAAGCUUCCAAUUAAAGAAACGGAUAAGUCCCAUCCUUGUUUGCCAAGCCCAUGUGGACCCAACUCAGAAUGCCGAGUUGUUGGAAAUUCGCCUUCCUGCUCUUGUUUACUUAAUUUCGUAGGCGCGCCCCCAAACUGUCGCCCAGAAUGCGUAGUAAAUUCUGAGUGUCCUUUGAACCGUGUUUGUCUUAAUCAAAAAUGUGCCAAUCCAUGUCCCGGUGUGUGUGGACGGAAUACCCGAUGUAAUGUUGUAUCUCACGCGUCAGUAUGUACGUGUACAGCCGGAUUUAUCGGAGAUCCUUUCACUGGUUGCACAUUACUAUCCAUGCCUUUGAAGGAUAUUGUCUCGCCCUGCGAACCCAAUCCAUGUGGCGCAAAUGCCAUAUGUCGUCAAGUGAACAAUGCGGGAUCCUGUCAAUGUUUGUCUGAAUAUUUUGGCAAUCCCUAUGAAGGUUGCAGGCCCGAAUGCGUUUCCAAUGAAGAUUGUCCUUCAAACAAGGCUUGUUUAAAACGAAAAUGCCGCGAUCCUUGCCCUGGAGUCUGCGGAUUAAAUGCAGUCUGCGUUGUUAUCAGUCACUUACCAACAUGUGAAUGUUUAUCAGAAUUUAUUGGUGAUCCAUAUCAAAACUGCCAACGACCUGAAAAACCUAUUACAAAAGAGAUAAUAAACCUUUGUCAACCAUCACCCUGCGGUCCCAAUUCACAAUGUCGCGAGGUUAACAAACAAACAGUUUGCUCUUGCCUCCCAUCUUAUAAAGGAGUACCGCCUACUUGUAGACCAGCAUGUACUAUCAAUUCAGAAUGUGCUCAAGAUAAGGCCUGUGUUAAUCAGAAAUGUGUUGAUCCCUGUCCUAACUCGUGUGGAGCAAAUGCUGAGUGUGAAACUCGUAACCAUUCUCCCAUAUGCAGCUGUCGCUUAGGAUACACUGGUGAUGCUUUCAUCCGUUGCUCUCCUAUUCUACUGACAUCAGCACCUCCAGACCACAGCAUUUCUUCAAAUCCUUGUGUUCCAUCACCAUGUGGACAGUUUUCUGAAUGUCGCGAUAUCGGUAGCAGCGCCAUUUGCAGCUGUUUACUUAACUAUGAAGGAUCGCCCCCAAAUUGUCGUCCGGAAUGCACCAUCAAUUCGGAUUGCCUUAGCUCAAAUGCUUGUAUUAAUCAAAAGUGUAGAGAUCCCUGCCCCGGAGCUUGCGGUCUGAACGCUGAAUGUUACGUUAUUAACCAUAUGCCGAUUUGCCAAUGUCGCAAAGGAUUGGUUGGAGACCCUUUUGUGAAUUGCAAUCAGCCGUUGCCUACUUCCACACCACCAUACUUAGAUGACCCCUGCCACUAUUGUGGAGCAAAUGCGGUUUGCCGUGAUGGUCAAUGUUUCUGUUUAUCAAACUACCAAGGUAAUCCAAAAGUAGGGUGUCGUCCACAAUGUGUUCUGAGCACUGAAUGUCCACUUGACAAAGCCUGUAUACAACAAAAGUGUCAAAAUCCUUGUCAAGGACUAUGUGCUUCAAAUGCAAUUUGUGAAGUUCAUAAUCACGUGGCUAUGUGUCAUUGCCCGGAUAAAAUGUCUGGGAACGCCUUUGCUUUAUGCCUUCCUGUCCCACCAAUUAAAUUUACGCAGCCAUGUCGCCCAUCUCCUUGCGGUGCCAACGCUCAAUGUCGAGUCAUAAAUAAACAGGCUGUGUGCUCCUGUCUAGCCAACUAUUUUGGAACCCCGCCAAAUUGUCAACCUGAAUGUACAACAAACAGCGAGUGUACGUUAGAUAAAGCCUGCUUACAGCAAAAAUGCCAGGAUCCCUGCCCAGGCGCUUGCGGGUUCAACAGCGAAUGCUUCGUACAUAACCAUAGCCCAAUUUGCCGUUGCAUGUCUGGCUACAGCGGCAAUCCAUUUAUUGAUUGCCAAUCAAUUAAAAUUUUACCACUAUUGUCAAAUAAAGAGAAAGAUCCCUGCCAACCAUCACCCUGUGGAGCAAAUUCUGAAUGCCGUGCUAACGGAGAAAAUCCUUCCUGUAGUUGCUUAAAAGAAUUUAUAGGAAUCCCACCAAAUUGUAGACCAGAAUGCGUUAGUAAUGCCGACUGUUCUUCAUCAACAGCUUGUAUUAAACAAAAGUGUGUCAAUCCUUGCUCUGGAGUUUGCGGCUCAAAUUCGCAGUGUCACGUUGUAAAUCAUACUCCCAUGUGCUACUGCGAUACAGGAUUUACAGGCGAUCCAUUUACCAACUGCAUUAAAGUAGUUAACUAUCCUCCAGAAGAUAUAAGGCCAUGCGAUCCCAACCCUUGCGGUCCCAAUACCGAAUGCUUUGAACGUGAUGGAGCAGGAGCUUGUUCAUGUUUACCAGAAUUUUUUGGCAAUCCUUAUGAAGGUUGCCGCCCUGAAUGUGUAUUAAACUCAGACUGCCCUACAGAAUUUGCUUGCAUACAAAAUAAAUGCAGGGAUCCCUGUCCUGGUACAUGUGGUAUCAACGCCGAAUGCUAUGUAAGAAAUCAUCUUCCAACAUGUAAUUGCUUACCAGCUUUUUCUGGAGAUCCAUACAGCUAUUGUGUGAAGCAAUCUGAAACAAUUUACGAAAUUCGAAAUCCCUGCCAACCGUCCCCUUGCGGAUCUAAUUCCGAAUGCCGCGAGGUUGAAAACCAAGCUGUUUGUUCUUGCUUGCCUUCCUAUAUAGGCUUUCCACCCGCUUGUCGUCCAGAAUGCACUUUAUCCUCUGAGUGUGAUCUCAGUAAAGCUUGUAUUUAUCAAAAAUGUAUAGACCCAUGCAACGGAAUAUGCGGGUUGAACGCUGAAUGUCGCGUCCACAAUCAUAGCCCGGUUUGCUCUUGCCGACCUGGUUAUACUGGGGACUCUUUUGUACGAUGCUUCCGCCAACCUUUGGAGCCUCAAAUUCCUGCUAAUGAUGACUACCGAGAUCCUUGUCUUCCUUCCCCAUGUGGUGCGAAAGCGCAAUGUCAAGUCAAAAACCAACAAGCCUCUUGCGUUUGUCUUCAGGGUUACAUUGGUUCUCCUCCAAAUUGCCGCCCAGAAUGUACUAUCAAUGCUGAGUGCCCUUCCAACUUAUCUUGUAUAAAUGAAAAAUGUCGAGAUCCAUGCCCCGGGUCCUGCGGACACUUAGCUUUAUGCUUCGUGAACUUGCACAUUCCCAUUUGUACCUGCCCUGAGAGAUAUACCGGAGAUCCAUUUAAAAGUUGUCAAGAGGAGCUAACUAAAGAGCAAAUCCCUCUGAGAGACUCUUGCAACCCUUCCCCUUGCGGUGCCAAUGCCCUUUGCGAAAAUGGUCAGUGCACAUGUGUAACCGAAUAUAAAGGGAACCCUUAUAUAGGCUGCCGACCGGAAUGUGUUCUUAACGUGGAAUGUGGCCGCGAUAAAGCUUGUAUUGAGAAUAAAUGUAUAAAUCCGUGCCCUGGCACGUGCGGCAAAAACGCAAUAUGUGAAGUAAACAACCAUAUUCCGAUUUGCCGCUGCCCCGAGGGAACGUCAGGCAAUGCUUUUAUACAAUGUCAAACCAUAAAAACGGAGAAGGCGUCAGAAAAUCCAUGCCAUCCUACGCCGUGUGGACCUAAUUCACAGUGCCGUGUAUAUAAUAAGCAAGCCGUUUGUUCUUGUCUAUUUAAUUACAUAGGGAUACCGCCUGGUUGUCGCCCAGAAUGCACUAUUAAUUCUGACUGCCCCCGUCAUCUUUCUUGCAUCAAUCAAAAAUGUAUUAACCCAUGUUUAGGCGCUUGUGGUAUUAAAACUGAAUGCCAAGUGGUAAAUCAUGUACCGUUCUGCAAAUGCAUGCCCGGCUAUACCGGUAACGCAUUUAUAAUGUGCCAGAUCUUGCCUCUUCUAAAGUCUAAUGAAGUUGUUAAUCCCUGUGCACCUUCACCAUGUGGCCCUAAUUCGCAGUGCACCAAAGUGCAAAACUCCGCUUCCUGUGCUUGCUUGCCUAAUUACAAAGGAGCCCCACCUAAUUGCAGACCAGAAUGUUUAAUAUCUUCAGAAUGCGCGGAAAACUUGGCAUGUAUUAACAAUAACUGCCGAGAUCCUUGCCAGAAUUUAUGUGGCGAAAACGCAACUUGCCAGGUCGUAAGCCACGCACCUUCGUGCACUUGCUUGAAAGGAUCCUUGGGUGAUCCUUACAUACAAUGCCUACCCUCAUCGAAAAUUACGCAAGAGCAAAUUAAUCCGUGUUCUCCAUCGCCUUGCGGCAAUAAUGCAGAAUGUCGGCAAAAGGAUGGGGCAGGGUCAUGUACGUGCCUACCUGACUUUUAUGGAAACCCGUACGAAGGUUGUCGCCCCGAGUGUGUUCUUAAUUCCGACUGCCCUCCGAAUCGAGCCUGCCAAAACCAAAAGUGCCUUAAUCCCUGCCCUGGAGUUUGUGGUCAAAAUGCUCAAUGUGACGUGAUCAAUCACUUACCCAUGUGCAGUUGCUUCAAUGGAUACGGUGGAGAUCCAUAUAAUUAUUGCAAUGUUUUCCAAGAUUCGCAAACCCCCGUUUAUUUGAAUCCUUGUGAUCCAACACCUUGUGGGCCAAAUGGCCAAUGCCGAGAAAUUAACGGUGAAGCUGUGUGCUCUUGUUUGCCUGAGUAUAUUGGCCUGCCGCCUGCUUGCAGACCUGAAUGCGUAAUCAGCUCAGAGUGCUCUUCUUCCAAGGCGUGCAUUAAUCGAAAGUGCCGGGAUCCCUGCCCAGGGUCCUGCGGCAUUAACGCUGAAUGCUAUGUACGUAACCAUAGCCCCUUGUGUUCUUGCAAGUCUGGUCAUACCGGAGAUGCUUUAAUCGGAUGUCAACCUUCGCCGAAACGUAAAGACGACCCAAAUCCCAAAAACCCAUGCAUCCCCUCACCGUGUGGUCCGUAUUCACAAUGCAGAAUAGUAAAUGAUGAUGCUUCUUGUAGUUGCUUAUUACAAUACGUAGGAAUUCCUCCAAAUUGUCGGCCUGAAUGUACCAUUAAUGCAGAAUGCCCCAGCAACACGGCAUGUAUAAAGGAACAGUGUAAGGAUCCAUGCCCAGGCUCCUGCGGUUUUAACGCUUUGUGUAAUGUUAUUAAUCAUACACCAAGUUGCUCCUGCCGAACUAGUUACACUGGAGAUCCCUUUACUUCUUGCCACCUGUUGCCUUCACCUCCUCAAUUCACAAAACUUCAUGAGACUGUCGAUCCAUGUAAUCCUUCACCGUGUGGAGCCAAUACAAUCUGUCAAAAAGGACACUGUUCAUGUCUAGCAGAUUAUCAUGGAGAUCCUUUCGUUGGAUGUCGGCCUGAAUGUCUUCUAAAUUCUGAUUGUGCUCACAAUCAAGCGUGCGUACGCAAGAAAUGUGUAGAUCCUUGCACAGGAACAUGCGGCCAAAAUGCCUUGUGUUCCGUGCACAAUCAUAUAGCUAUGUGUCGUUGCCCUGAUAGAAUGACAGGCAAUGCUUUUGUAUUCUGCGAUCAUACACCCGAAAUUAUACCUAAAAUGGCUUGCCAGCCUUCACCUUGUGGCCCUAAUUCACAAUGCACCGAGCGUAAUAACAGCGUUGUCUGCUUCUGCAUCACUGGCUAUAUAGGACAUCCUCCGAAUUGCCGUUUGGAAUGUUAUGCAAGCUCAGAUUGUUUACCCACACAAGCUUGUGUCAACAAUAAAUGUAUAGAUCCCUGUCCAGGAAAAUGUGGUAUUAACGCCGAAUGCCAAAUCGUACAACACAGUGCACAUUGUGAAUGUUUGCGGGGAUAUGAAGGCAAUCCCUAUUCCGCUUGUACUAGAAUAGAAUUACGUCCCCAAACACCAGCUAAGAACACAGACCCCUGCCGUCCCUCACCAUGUGGUGCCAAUUCCCUUUGUCUUAAUAUCAAUGGUCAAGCUCAGUGUUCUUGCUUAGCUGAAUACCACGGUGUGCCACCACACUGCAGACCUGAAUGUUCCAGCAAUGAUGACUGCCAUAAUAAUUUAGCAUGCAUCAAACAAAAAUGUCAAGAUCCUUGUUUAGGUUCCUGCGGUUUCAAUGCUAACUGCAUAGUAACUCUUCACAUACCAAACUGUCAUUGUCCUUCAGAAAUGACUGGAGACCCGUUUAGUAGUUGCUACGAACGCCGACCGAUUGCUCCCCCUCAACGUGAAGAACCUAAAAAUCCUUGUCGUCCUCCUCCUUGUGGCAGUAACGCUGACUGCCAAGUGCGUGGUAGCAGUUACAUUUGCGAGUGCAUUAAAGAUUAUUCCGGCAAUCCAUACGAAGGUUGCCGCCCUGAGUGCGUGGGCAACUCCGAAUGCCCAGCAAAUCGAGCAUGUAUACAAAAUAAAUGCGCUGAUCCUUGCCCAGGAACUUGUGGGAUUGAGGCUGUUUGUUCAAUUAAUAAUCAUAUACCUAUAUGCUCUUGUCCGGAAGGACUUACCGGUAAUGCUUUCGUACAGUGUUCUCCUACUAUUAUUCCGGAAACUACAUUUGACAAAGCGGAUCCCUGCUACCCAACACCUUGCGGUCAAAACACCAUUUGUAAAGUUCAGCGGGAUCAAGGAAUAUGUGAAUGCUUACCUGGUUUCUUCGGCAAUCCAUACGGUCAUCAAUGUCUUCCUGAAUGUACAUUAAGCUCGGAUUGUGCAAAAGAUAAAGCUUGCGUGAAUUCCAAAUGCAUGGAUCCUUGCCCAGGCAUUUGCGGCUACGGGGCUCUUUGUCGCACAGUUAAUCACAACCCUAUAUGCAGUUGUUCUUCAUCCAUGGUAGGCAAUCCCUUCAUUGAGUGUCAUCCAGCACCCAAGCAACAAGAGGCAUUCAAUCCCUGUGAUCCUUCACCGUGCCGAAUAAAAGGCAUUUGCCGCGCAGUCAACGAUAUUGCUACAUGCAUUUAUCCAGAAUGUGUAACCAACGAGGAUUGUUCACGCGAUCGAACUUGUAUUAAUCAAAAGUGUCGUGACCCUUGUAUUAAUUCUUGCGGUCUCAAUUCUAUAUGUAAUGCCGUCAACCAUAAAGCCGUUUGUAUAUGUCCACCCGGAUUCUAUGGUUCACCCUACAGCCAGUGUUUGCAACAAGUGGAUGUUAUGCCAGUUUCAAAACCAGAAUGCUUUUCAGAUAGCGACUGUACAAACGAUAAAGCAUGUGUUAAUGGAGGAUGCAAAAACCCAUGCGAAUUGGGUCGCGUUUGUGGUCUAAAUUCAAGAUGUCAUGUACAAUUUCACAGACCACUUUGCGUGUGCAACGAAGGCUAUACAGGCAACGCCUUAAACAAUUGCCACUUAAUUGGCUGUCAGUCAAAUAAAGAAUGCUCUCCAACGGAGGCUUGCAUAAACAACGAAUGUACUAGUCCAUGUCUCUAUACACAAUGUGGAGCCAAUGCCGAAUGCCGCACAGACUAUAGUCAUAAAGCGCGUUGUCAUUGCUUAGAUGGAUAUAAUGGCAAUCCAUUAGAACGUUGUAUACGUCCGGAAUGCAAUCACGAUGAGGAAUGCGCAUUUAAUUUAGCUUGUCGCAAUGAGCGAUGCGAAGAUCCUUGCAACUGUGGAAUCAAUGCUCAAUGUCGUGUUAAUAGCCAUCGAGCACAAUGUCGCUGUCCACCCGGUUACGUAGGUGAUCCCCUAAUAAUAUGUAAAAUUGAAGAAAUCAAAGUUGCACCACAGUGUAGCUCAGAUGCUGAGUGUAGUAGUAAAUUGGCUUGCUUUAGUGGCCUAUGUAAAAACCCAUGCUUAAUUACUAAACCAUGCGGAAACAAUGCUGUUUGCUCAGUUGUAGACACUUUGCCACUACGGACAAUGAUGUGUGAAUGUGAACAUGGUUACGUAGGUGAUGCGGACGUUGGGUGCCGAAAAGAACCUGUUCAUGAUCAUGGCUGUCAAACGGCUGAAGAUUGCGGACUCAGCGAAACUUGCCGUAAAGGCAAUUGUAUAAAUCCUUGCGUCAAUUCUUCACCAUGCGCACGAACAGCCGAAUGUUUCGUACAAAAUCAUCGGGCUGUAUGUACAUGCCCACAAGAUACUCAGGGCGAUCCUUUUGUUAGCUGCUACCAACCACCUCAAAUCACAACUGGCUGCAGUCAUGACUCUGAAUGCGCUCCUACUGCUGCUUGCAUUAAUAAACAAUGCCAAAAUCCUUGUGCCGAAGGUAACCCUUGUGCUAACAAUGCGGAGUGUAGAGUGCACUCCAACAGACCAAUUUGUUCUUGUCCAACCGGUUGGGGUGGCAAUCCGCAAGUACAAUGUUUUAAAUCUGAAUGCAAAAUAAAUGGUGAUUGUCCUUAUGAUAAUGCCUGCGUCAAUGAGCAUUGUGUUAAUCCUUGUACACAUGGAAGUAUUCGUUGCGGCACCAACGCCUUGUGUGAGCCCCAAAACCAUCAGGCAGUUUGUAUAUGCCCGGCCGGUACUCAAGGGAAUGCUUUCGUGUCCUGCAUCACUGGUCAUUGCCAAUACAACGAAGAUUGUGCCGAUUACGAGGCCUGUGAUCGCCUUAACCGCGUUUGCAGACCAGUUUGUGACGAUGACACUUGUGCCAUAAAUGCCUUAUGUUUAGCUAGACACCACCAACCUCAAUGCCAAUGUAAAGUCGGGCUAACUGGUAAUCCUUAUGAAGAAUGUUUGCAACCAAACCAGCCAUUACCUAAAAAGCCACUACCUGAAUGCUCACAAGAUGCCGAUUGUUCUCCGCAGUUAGCUUGUAUUAACCAACGUUGCUCUAAUCCAUGCACAUUAUCCCACGUGUGCCCACCACAGCAAUCAUGCGUCGUACUCGACACACUGCCCUUACGUACCAUGAUUUGCAAAUGUCCACCGGAUACCAUAAGUGAUACUACAGGGAAUUGCGUACCCAUUCGAUAUGACACCAUCACUGGAUGUCAAAGCAAUACCGAAUGCGCCAAUUCAGAAGUUUGUCAGCAAGGUUCUUGCAUAGAUGCUUGUCGAUUGGAACAUUGUGGUCUAAAUGCACAAUGCCAUUCAAAAGAUCAUUACGCGGAAUGUUUAUGUGCUAAAGGUUAUCAAGGCAAUCCUCGAAUAGAAUGUAGACCUGUUGAGUAUGAGGAACCAAAAGUAUCAACAGCCGAAUGCAUCGAUGACGAUGAUUGUCUUAAUGAGAAAAUCUGCCUCAACAAACAAUGUCUUAAUCCAUGUUUAGGUGACGUCUGCGGGAGCGGGGCCUAUUGUUAUGUAGAGCAAAGAGUAGCCAAAUGUCGCUGUCCUCCGGGUUACAACGGCGAUCCAAAGUUGAGCUGUACACCACCUCCAGAUGUAUCUGUACUAGAAUGUAAUUCUAAUAGCGAUUGCCAAUCGACGGAGUCUUGCGUUAAUGAACGAUGCGUUAAUCCUUGUAAUUGUGGUUUCAAUGCUGAAUGCAAAGUUCACCGUCAUCAUCCAGCCUGUUAUUGCAAGCGUGGUUUUUCAGGAAAUCCCCAACACGAAUGUAUUCAGAUUGGUUGUCAAUCAGAUAAUGAUUGUCCAUUAGAUAAGAUAUGUAUCAACCGCGAAUGUGUUGAUCCCUGUCUAAUUAACGAUAUUUGCGGCGCUAACGCGGAAUGUUAUGGUCGUAAUCACGUUUCAGCUUGCCGUUGUCCUAAUGGUCUAGAAGGAGGUCCGUUUGAACGUUGCAUUCAUAUGCAGUGUACUUCAGACAAUGACUGCUCUUUCAAUGAAGCUUGCAUUCGAAACGUGUGCAUUGAUCCCUGCAAAGACGUUGAAAAUCCUUGUGCACACAAUGCCUUAUGCCAAGCUAUGCAACAUCGUGCUGUUUGUCGCUGUCCUGAAGAAUUGCCUUUAGGAAAUCCUUAUAGCUUCUGUGAGCGUCUGCCAAUCAGCCCGUUGUGCCGGAGUGACAGCGAUUGCUCCAGUGGCUUAGCUUGCAUUAACACUAAAUGUGGAAAUCCAUGUACCGAACUCUUACCUUGUCAUAGUUCUGCUCAUUGCAAUGUUCUGGACAGCGUACCCGUUCGGACUAUGGUUUGUGAAUGUGCGACUUCUUAUGUACCGGACAACAGGGGUGAAUGCAGGCAAUUGCCAUUGCUAAGUCCAAUAGGUUGUACCACUAAUUCUGACUGUACUGAUCAGGAGGUAUGUAUUAAUAGACAGUGCCGCGAUCCAUGUAACUGCGGCGAAAACACCAUUUGCCAAGUGCAAAAUCAUCGAGCUACUUGUUCUUGUCAAGAUGGCUUCGGUGGCAAUCCUUAUACGUCGUGUCACUCAAUUGGAUGUCGUUAUGAUAUUCAAUGCGGUUCCGAAAGAGCGUGCGUUAAUAGCAUAUGCAUAAAUCCUUGCUUAAUCCAUGAUAUCUGUGGUACUAACGCUGAAUGUUACGUUCAAUCGAACCGAGCCAUGUGUCGUUGCAAGAGCGGUUUCCGUGGUGAUCCUUACCAAUUAUGUAAGGUCAUUGGCUGCCAAACUAACAGUGAUUGUUCGUCAGAUAAAAUCUGUCAACAAGAACGAUGCAUUAAUCCGUGCAUAUAUGAAAAUAUUUGUUCACCGAGAGCAGAAUGCAAGCCUCAAAACCAUAUGGCUGUUUGCCGCUGUUUACCGACGUUCGUAGGAAAUCCUUACAUAGAUUGCAGACCAGAACCUGAGCCCACCUGUAAAGCAGACACCGAUUGUCCAGCCCGUUUAGCAUGCAUAAAUGACGAAUGUGUUGAUCCUUGUUUGACUUUGGAGCCAUGCAACAGACCAGCUGAAUGCGAAGUUACGCCGACUGCGCCAGUCCGGACUAUGAUUUGUAUAUGCCCUGAUGGGUAUGUCAGCAGCGGCAGUGGCACAUGCAAACCCACAAAGACUGUCAGCGAAGUGGGUGGGUGUAUAGCAGACACAGAUUGUUCAACUGACAGAUCAUGCGUUAACGGCGUGUGCCGCAAUCCCUGCAAUUGCGGACUAAACUCUGAAUGUCGUAUCAAAGAUCAUAAACCAGUCUGCACUUGUCGGCAAGGUUUUGAAGGAAAUCCAGAAUUUGAAUGCUCCAAAGUGGAAUGUUCUAUAAAUUCAGAUUGCCCAAGUACCCAUGCUUGUCGUAAUCAACAAUGCAUUCCAGCUUGUCAAAGACAACAAUGCGGAAUCAAUGCCAAAUGUUUACCAGUUGAUCAUAAAGCUAUCUGCGAGUGCAUAUCUGGUUUCCGAGGUAAUGCACGCAUAUCAUGUUCCCAAGUGGGAUGUCGAACAGAUAUCGAUUGUCCUUCAGAUAGAGCGUGUAUCAACGAAAAAUGCGAAAAUCCCUGUGAAACUACAGCUUCCUGUGCUAUAGACGAAAUAUGCAAAGUUUAUCAACAUCGUCCGCAGUGCGCAUGCCCACCAAACACAUCAGCAACACGAAAUGGUUGUGAGCCGCUAAGAGACUUCCCAUUAUGCCAUUACGACGGUGAUUGUCCCACUCAAAUGGCUUGUAUAAGAAGUGAAUGCAUUGAUCCUUGCAACGCUACAAAACCAUGUGGGGUUAAUGCUAAAUGUCGAGUGCUUGAUACACUGCCGGUUCGUACUAUGAUUUGCGAGUGUUUAGAGGGUUACACCGGCAAUGCUGCAGUUCAAUGUGACAAGAGAUCGUUGUGCUUCAUUGAAAAAGGCUUUGUGAGAGACACAGAUGGUCAAUGUGUGUGCCCUCCAGGAACGGCUUUAGACAUUUAUGAAUAUUGUACACCCUGUUUGGUGGAACAAGGCUUUAAAAUAGAUGAAACAGGUCAUUGCAUUUGUGCAUUGGAAAGAGGUUUCGUUAUAGAUGAACGCGGUCGCUGCAUAUGUCCAACUGAUUACGGAUACACAUUAACAAACAAUGGCGAUUGCAUACCGCAAGACAAGCCCGAAUGCCAGACCAACGAUGAUUGCGCCGAUAACCGUUAUUGCAACUUAGACACACGAACGUGCAAAGAUCCUUGCUUAUCGAAAACGUGUGGUGUGAACGCUUUUUGUAAUGCGAUUAAUCAUCGAGCCCAGUGCCAAUGCAUAGCUGGAUAUACUGGCAACGCAGACACAAUUUGCAAUCAUACAAACUUUCGAACAGAUUUCCCUAGGCCCGAUAUGGUGGUUAGUUGUUUGGCUGAUGGUGUACAGGUUGAAAUACACAUAACUGAACCAGGAUUCAACGGUGUUUUAUACGUGAAAGGCCACAGCAAAGAUGAAGAAUGCAGGCGUGUUGUUAAUCUGGCUGGAGAAACCGUACCACGUACAGAAAUUUUCCGUGUUCACUUUGGUAGCUGCGGUAUGCAAGCGGUUAAGGACGUAGCCAGCUUUGUUUUAGUCAUACAGAAACAUCCAAAGUUAGUGACUUACAAAGCGCAGGCGUAUAAUAUUAAAUGCGUGUAUCAAACGGGCGAAAAGAAUGUAACACUUGGAUUUAAUGUGUCAAUGUUGACAACGGCAGGGACUAUAGCGAACACGGGACCGCCACCCAUUUGUCAAAUGCGUAUAAUUACACAUGAUGGCGAAGAAAUUAACUCCGCUGAGAUAGGCGAUAAUCUCAAAUUGCAAGUUGAUGUGGAACCAGCGACUAUAUAUGGAGGAUUUGCUCGUUCCUGCAUAGCCAAAACAAUGGAGGAUAACAUAGAAAACGAAUAUAUAGUAACAGACGAAAACGGCUGCGCGACAGACCCGUCAAUAUUUGGCGAAUGGGAAUACAAUCCGGAUACGAACAGCUUACUAGCAAAUUUCAAUGCUUUUAAAUUCCCCUCGAGCGAUAACAUACGCUUUCAAUGCAAUAUACGUGUUUGCUUUGGCAAAUGUCAACCGGUCAAUUGCAGAGAUUACAACGCUUUCGGUAGACGAAGGCGACGUGCCAUUGCUGACAAUUCAACGGAUGAUGCCACAGCCAUUGCGACUAAUACUGGUAUUGAGGGGCAAUUGCGUGAAGAAAUCACUAUAUCAUCGAAUGCAAUUUUAACAUUUGAAAAAAGAACAACCACGAGUACGAACGACUCAAACAUUAAACCGUCCGCUCAGCGGGUAGAAGAUAUUUGCGUCUCUAUGGUGGGUUUGAUUAUAGCUUUAGUCAUAACUGCUCUGUUGGCUUUAGUAGCCGUAGCAGUCGCUGUCUCUUGCUGGUUAAUGGCGUACAGACGACGUCCUAAAACUUUAGCGCCAUUACCGCAUCCACCGGAAUUCCCAAAUCCACUAUUUACCAAUCCAGAAGCUGUGCCAGAACCAACACCCGAUUACUUAUCGUAAGAGUUAAGAACAAUAAAUACAAUGAAAGUGAAACUAAUCUAAAUUAAUAAAAAAGCUAGAAUUUUUAAAAUUAGUCCGAAAUGAACA